CAGGCAUGUCUUUCAAGGAGGCCAAGCCCGGGGAGAGAGGCAAGAACCCAGAGGACCAUGGCAGAAAGCCGCCUGCAAGUGAGGAGGGGACCCCCAUUCUGUGACCCCCAUUCUGUGACCCCCCUAGCAGGGAUGUGGGCUGCACGGUUAUCCCUUUAUGUCUGGGUCUCUGCCGCCGGCUGCGCUCUAUUUAUCUUUCUCUUGUUUGUGGCUUGCAGGCUGGAUCAACGGCAUGGAGGCUGGCAACCAACCGAGCACCUCGGCCGACAAGAGGAAUCACCAUUGGAGGAGUUACAAGUUGAUUAUUGACCCGGCUCUCAAGAAAGGGCAGCACAAACUCUACCGUUACGAUGGACUCCACUUCAGCAUGCCUGUAUGUGCCGCUUCUUGUCCACACUGGGGGGAUGGCUUGCUCUAAUGGCAGCUGGGUCCCCAGUGCUCACAAAGUUACCCCCUGUGUGAUCUGCAGAGCAUCUCAUCCUGUAUCCAGAUACUUCACUGUUUCCUGAAUGGAGCCGGCCCCCUAUAGUAAAAUGCCCAUGUGUGCAGCUUGACAACUGUGUCAUAUGUACACUUCCCAAUCCAAGUUCUCCCUCCCUCCAUCCAUCUCAUACACGCUGCCUCUGAACUCCUCAUAUUUGGCAGGAGCUGUGUUUGUUUUAAUCUGUGGGUUUGUUUCUUUACAGAACUCUGGAGUCCCCCCAGUGGAUUCAUUGAGGGACCCCCGGAUCGGACGGAUAUGGACCAAAACUAAAGAGCUAGACUUACCUGUCCCUAAACUCAAGGUAUGUCUUCGUUAGACAGCACUCUCUGCAUGCCAGGCGACAUCUGUCAGCACACACAACUUUUUUUGUGUGUGUGAGUAUCUACUUAACAGAGCUAAUCACUUGCCACUUUGUUUUGACAUUUAAUUAAUGGAGUGCUGGGAGGGAGGCAUGCGCUAGCCCCUCCCUCGGUAUUGACAGGGUUAAACAUGUGGAUUGAUCAGCCAUAGUAAUGUAAUAUUUUUUAGUAGUAUCUGAUAGUAACAUGCCAUGUAUGCUUUUGUUUACAAUGGCUUGUGCACACAUGCUGCUUUUUUAAAACGUCAUCUCUCAAGUAGGAGUCAUUGCAGUACUCGUGGAUACAUGUAUCUAUUAGUUUUACAGACCUUUUGAUUUCGAUUUUGAUACUUUUAUUAAACGAUAACUUGUCGAAUGCAAACAGGUGCUAAGAUUGAUACAUUUUUACUAGACCAUUAAACCGUGCAAUGAUCAUAUUACUCCCCCCCUAUAAAUCAGCGGCCAAAUAUCUCUUCUGCAAUUGCUAUAUUGGUUGUUUUUUUCUUCUUCAGAUUGAUGAGUUUUAUGUGGGUCCUGUCCCUCCAAAACAAGUUACUUUUGCAAAACUCAACGAUAACAUCAGAGAAAACUUUCUGAGUGACAUGUGCAAGAAGUAUGGGGAGGUUGAAGAAGUGGAGAUUUUAUAUAAUCCUAAAAAUAAGAAGCAUCUGGGGAUUGCCAAAGUAAUAUUUGCCACCGUGAAAGGUGCCAGGGAUGCAGUGAAACAUUUGCACAACACUUCCGUGAUGGGAAACAUCAUGCACGUGGAACUGGAUACUAAAGGUGAGCGAACAGAGGGUUCCUGCUGUGUGUUAUUAGCUACCUGUGGUCUUGGGGUUCGAAUCCCCCUGUGGGCACCCAACCAGAGCUCUUAAAUAGGGCUGCAAGUGAACCCUUUUACAGUUGUGUGAUUGCAUAUUCUCCAGGUUCCCUGCAAGUCACGUGUGGAAAGUGUGUUUUCAGUUGCUAGGAGACUGCAGAUCCUGAUUGUAGUAGAUCACUACAACUUCAGCUCAUGUCAGUGAUGCUCAUUUAUUUUAAAGCAAUACAUGGGAUACUGUUGAUUCUCAACUUCUGUUAAUUGCAUAACUUUCUUUGGUGAUUAGACUGUGUAAGAUGGACAUGUACUGUUUGUUACAACUAAUUUGAUAGAGCAUCUGCAUGUUUGUGUAUGUAGUUUCAAGACAGGUUGCUGACUUUACUUUUAAUGUGACAAUCUAGCAUUGAAGUACAUUUUGAUGAUAAAUUAUUUGUCAACUUGUCAGACCCAUGGCUAGUUUGACUAAGAUAAUGUUUCUAUUAUUUACAUGAGAAAUAUAGAUGUAAAGGGAAGACAGGCAUAUCUAAAUCCGCAUUUAAUAGAUAACUAUAACGUUUUAUAUAUAUAUAUAAUGUAUAUGUAUGUUUGUGACACUCAGUACUUAUGUACACAACUAAACUAAAUGUUUUCAAAAGAGCACAAAAAAGGUUUUGCAGUCAGUGAAUAACACUUUUAGAUACAUUUUGUGUACUACGUGUACAGGACUUUUUUUGAUUUGUGUAUGAAUGUAAGCAUAGCUUAUAUAUGAAAUGAAAGUGGUGUACACAGUAUAUAUUUCUGUGAUAUGAUGUUAAAUGGUAAAGUAUUAUAUAAGAAGAAUGUCUACUCACCUGUCACUGCAUACCUUAACUGUUUACUAAUUUUAUCUGCUAUUCCUAGACAUUUUUUUGAGUGUCCGGUUACAUAUAUUAACUGUCUACCUACUAGAUAUUGCAGAUCCAUUUUUUAUUUUGGCUAUUGCCUUCUAAAUUUAUGCAUUUGUAGUAAAUACUUAGCCUUUUGGUUGAAUAGCAAGUUUAAAAGCGACACAUUGAUUGAUUGCUCUGUUUGUUUGCCAGUGUUUAUAACCAAAACUACUAAGAUUUGAGGAACAGUAGGUAUCAUCUCAACGCUCUGUAAUUUAUAGAACAGUUAUUGGUUAUUUACUUUCCUAGUUAUGUCAUACCAAUUUUUGUGCAAUUUAUUGGGGUUUAUUCACUAACUAAACAGUGACUUGUGAAUAAAAAACAGAAUUGCAGCCUUCAAGUUGUGACUGUUUUCAGAACUGGAGAAUGUGACUGUUGCUGAAGUGGAAAAUAUUUCCAAUACAACUUUGGUCUGAAAUGUUAAAAUUUAUGUUGUCAUUUAACCAUUUAUUCUCUAGUAAAUUUUUAUUUUGUAUGUAUUGUGUUGAGAUUAGUAUUUCAUACUUUUUACAAUUCUGUUAUAUGAGAAAAAAAGUCACAAAACCGCUUCUUUGUGUAUUGGUGCAGGUAUAGUGACAUUCCAAGUUGGAAGAAACAAGGAGUGGGGUAGAUUCAUUGAACUGCACCUUAAAUAUAACUUUGCUUCCAGUUCGCAAUAUAUAAUUACAAUAUGUAAAAGUUCAGAAAUUAAUUUAAGUAUGCCCACAGGAUAUUCCCACCCAGUGUGUGUUUUCUUAUGUAUACUGCUACCCUUGAAUGCAGGUAACCUGCAUAUCCUCCCUUGAAUAUAGCAUCUUUUUUGCAAUGUAAUAGAAUCCUGAUGGCUUUAUUUUGCAUUUUUUUUUCUUUUUUUAAAGAACAUUCAUUUGAAAGGUUGUGUGCAAAACCUAAAUUGUAAACAUGUUAAAUCAAAUUGUAUUAUGAACUGCCAUUAUCUUAGGAUGAUAGUACCAGAUGCUAGUUGAGUUUGAAGGUGGGCUUGUAUAGAUUAGAAGAUUCCAACACAAGAAAUGCAUCUGAAAGCAAACACUUAUACUGUCAUGCUUCCACAAGUUACUUAAGACAUUAGAACAACAUGCAAUCUGAGGCUUUAUUCAAAUAGGCCAAUAUCUACUAUCGGUCAUAAAUUAUCACACACUAAACUAAUGCUGUCUAGUGUGGAAUAUAAAUGUAAAAAUAGAUGAGGGCAGUCUCUUUGAAGGUGGUUACUUGUGUCUCCUGUGUAAUCUAAAGACACAAAGUAACAUACUCACAAGAGUGGAUACAAUUGCCUAUUUAAACAGUGGUCUGUAAUUAAUGCAAUAGAUAGUCUGGUCCACAGCCUCCAGAGAAAUGCAGAGUAUUUCACCACUAGAUAUUCAAAAUCAAGAGACAUAUAGACAUAUCUAGGUUUGCUUUUUUUUUUUUUUUUUUUAAACUUUGGGGCAUACUAUGGGUUACUUUCGUAUCUAGUGACGUAUAAUUAGAUUUUGAGGGCUAACAUACAUAUACCAGACCGCUCUUCCCAUCCCUUUUUAGAGAACAAUUAACUACUCUUUGUAUUUUGAAGGGUGAUGCACUAGACCAGGGGUAGGCAACCUACGGCACUAGUGCCAUGCACGGCACUCAAGGUGUCUUUGCACGGCACUCAAGGCUGCUACAGCCAAACACACUGGCCUAUCAGGAGUCCCAGUGAAACCUCAGAUAUCUGCUAAUACUAAAAGGUGGUGAAGGACAAUCCUCAAUUUAUGCAUUGCAGCACAUAGAGUAAGUGAUCUCUGAUCACUUCCUCCCAGCACUUGUGAAUGGGAAUCCACACUGUAGUAGAGCAGCGUGCAGCUGCUGUUGCAGCUCUUGUCCUCGACCUGUACCUGGCCAGCCUGGUCCCCAUGGGAACCCAGGAAAGCCACCCACACUGCUAGAUCUAGAAAUGCACAAUAGCCCUCCCCUCAUACAAAUAAUACGAAUAGCCCACAAACAAACAUACAUACAAUCUGCACAAACGUAACCCGCUAACAAUCCACAUACAUGCACACAACCCCACAUGCAGCCUCUCACAUGCAAUACCCCAAACAUCCCCCACACAUACACACACUACCAAACACAUAAUGUGACAUAUUCAUCCAUACACAGCCCACAUUCAUAUGUAUCAUACACAAUACCAAAAAACUACUCCUGAACAUAUACAAUAUAAUAGCUCAUAUACGCACAAAUACAAUGAUACAAAGCAAUUACAGUAUAAAUAACACAAGCAGAAUAUGGCAGCAUACACACCUCAAUUUAAAAAAAUAGGACCGGCACGCUACGGGACAUCACAAUCCUAUAUCGGCACAGUGCUGCUAAAAGGUUGCCUACCCCUGCACUAGACCCAUCUAGUAGGUCUAAUUGGUGAUUUGGUCUGUUAUUAUAUAUGUUUAAAUAAAAAUAAUAAACAUCCAGUGAACUUGCUCUAAUGGUAAUGGACUGACAGAAAAUUAACUCAGGCCGGUGCCUAAAUCCAUAAGUUGUAGUAUAUUUUUUUUUUUUUUUUUGUCUGUCUAUACUCUACUGAAUUGUGUUAUCGGUUAAGUAUUAUUCAUUAUGCUGGAGUAAGUGGAAAUUUUAUUUGUUAAAAAUUAUCUUAAUAAAGUGAGAAUUUGAGUGAAUUUAAAAUGAAAAUCAAAUUUUAGGCUGAAAUAGCUGAAAACAAGUUGACUUGGGCAUGUUUCCAAUUUGUCUAUUUUAAUAUAAAUUUAAAUUUUGACUUCACACUUUACUGAAUAACCCUAUAUAUCUUUAAAUGUGAAUAAUGUAUUUAAAUUAUAUAUGUCUGUGUGCACAUAUACAGAGUUCAUUAGUUAAACUCCUACACUGCUAUAUACUGUGUGUGUGUGUGUGUGUGUGUGUGUGUGUGUGUGUGUGUAUAUAUAUAUAUAUAUAUAUAUAUAUAAUAUUUAUUUAUUUAUUGCGCAUUUGGACACUGCAGGACGAAGAAGACUGCAGAAGUGGUUAAUUAUAGCAUCAAACAUCAUUGCUGUACUGCCUCCAAUAUUAAACAAUGGGUUUUGUGAAGAUUCCCCCACCUCACACAAUGGGGGAUGUGGUGGUGUAUAAUGUAAUUAGGUGCACAAAGGUCCCCAACUAUUCACAAGCUCAAGUCUUAAGUUUCCACGGCUCUCAAGUUCAACAUUGGCAAAAGGAUAAUUCGACCAAUAGGAAAAUUGAAGUGAGUAUGUACUGCAGGUGGAUAGUUAGCCAAGUUGAUUUAUACUUUAUACCAAUUGGUGGUACACAAUGAAGACCUUCCUCCUAUCCAGUAAAUGCAACAUUGGGAUGGUGCACAUUUACCGAGGGACAACAGUCUAAACAAUAUAAUAUGCUGCAUUGUGUAUUGAAACUUUUCAGUUAUUGCUGGAGGUGUGAUAACUGUCUUAGAGCACUAUUACAUAUAUUGUAUUAUUGACUCAAAAUGUUUCCAUUGCGGAAUAAACCAAUGCAGGACCUAGAGGUCAAAACAAACGUCUUCAUGCCCCUGCUUUCGAAUCAUACAAAGAACUUUGUCUAGCUAUAAAUAUCCCCUUGCAAACCAUUUUGAGGAUUCAUAAAUAUCAUCUAGUCUGACUUAUUUUUAACAUUUGUUUUCUUUUUAUGAUUGUUGAGAAAAUAAAACUGUAAAAUCCUUAAACUCCUGCUGUAAAUAUGAACAGCAACAUCUAUAUUAAGAAACACAGCCUUUCUUUGCAUUGAUUCACUAUCUUGAUGCUCAAGUAUACGUAUGAAAGUUAGUGAGAUCACUUCUGUUUGGAUUUAUGCUGCAUUUUCUGCCCUUAUAUUUGUGCUAUAUGUGUCCUUAUAAACCUUUGAUCUCCAGAAGGGGUUUAUUGUAUAUGAAAGUGAUUACCAUGAAAGUAAUAAUAGAGCCAGGAUUGUAGAUGAUGACGGGCAAUGUUCAUGUACAACUCUAAAUACAUGCUUGGCAGUCUCAUUUGUGAGCUUUGCUUCCAGCCACAUCUAGGUGGAGCUAUUGUUGCUCCUAGACAUUUUGACUUCACGAUAACAGCACUUUGACUCUGUGGAGCAUACAUUUGUAAUGUUAAAUGUAACUGACUUCUACAAGUGGGCAAUUUUAUUGCCAAUAUCCCUGUAGUGUGAUUGCAUGGCUAUGUGUUUUGAUUUCUUCUAUGGAUGGAAGUGGAUAUCCAUAUACCUUUUUUGUCAAUGCAUUGUACGUAGCAGACGUUGGUCCUUCUUGUAUAAGCGUUCAGUCUAGGGAACAUUAGGAUUUUGAAGAACAUGGAGAGGGCUACUAGAGUCUGGAUUAUCAAGCUCUAAGGAAACACAUGAAAAAUGUUACUGCACAUUUGUGCCUUUCUUUUGCACACGAGUGUGCCAGCCCAACAUUAAGAAAACCGUAACAUACCUGGCAGAGGAUAACACUUGGUGAUUGAGGGAAUUAUGAAUAUAAACACACACAGCAUUACUAAAGCUUUGCAUGUAUCCACUCCAAGCCUCCACUCUCAAUCUAUAUUUAUAGUUAAGAUAUCAUAAACCAAAAUAGGGGCUACUUUGCCUAAUGAAUAAGCCUAAAGUUAUCAAAAUUUGACAAAAGGCAAAAUUUCUAUUGCCAACUUCAGUUUUUCAGAACUGCUUCUAGCGGUUUUGGGAAUUGGGCAUUGUCUCACUUAUCACAAGACUUGAUUUAUAGAGGCUCUCGCUGGAUCCUCCACACACACAUGGGUGAGAAUACAGCAUUGAUGUGGGCUUCUGGCUCAUGAAGCACCGGGAGCUGAAGAAAGUAUAUUACGGCACCUGUUAUGGACAGCUUUUGGUAAUGUAACUUACCUCUGCUGCAGCCUCUACCAUUGGACACCAAGCAGUGAUAUCCCCAUCAGGGGUCUUUGCAAAAUUGAAAUGGCCAGGUCUCAAACUUGCCCCAUCAAUUUCACAAAAAAUGUCAAAGGUAAACUUGAGGGGCAUUGUGGUACUCUGUGACAGAUUUCCCAUUAAGCAAAGAAACCUGUCUACAGCUACGUGUCCUGUAGGGGGAAUCUGUUUUCAGCACUUAUAAUGUACCUUUUUGUAGUUCAAGUGGACCGAUCAGGAAAAAUAAGUCUCCUCAGGAGUCCAGUCAGUCUCCUAUGCUUGAUAGCAGAGCUGCACCAAAAAACACAGACUGUAAAACACAGUGCUGCCCCAGCUCCUCCAGAGUCUGUGUUGGCAGGGAGUGGAAGGGAUAAUUUCCCUUGUGUGCUGUAACAGCCUCAUACACACAGUAAAUGCAUUGCAAGAGGAGUAGGGGCAUCAAUGAGUGAUGCAUACUGUAUAAUAGCUGCAUCAUUGCCAUCAAUCAUAAGAAACUGACUUGUCUAUUGAAGACAUAGGAGGGUGCGUACGUUGGAGAAUUUGGAAUUUUAAGGGUUAUUUGCAAACAUCCUAAAUUUAAACCCCUUCAUAAAUGUUAAGAGACAGUUUCCUUAUUCUUCAGUAAAUAUUAUUCUGCCAAUCUACUUCACCUAAUACUAUCCUUGACUUUGUGUCACUUUACCCCACUCCCUCUAACAUGUAAGUUCAUUGAGCAGGGCCCUCAAUUCCUCUGUUCCUGUGCAUCAAGCUUGUCUGGUUACAAUUAUAUGUUGGUUAGUCCACCGAUUGUAAAGCGCUAUGGGAUUUGUUGGCGCUAUAUAAUAAUAAUAAUAAUAAAAAAAAGGGGCACUAUAGGAUGAGGAACAGAACCAUGUAUUCUUGACUCUUUAGUUUUAAAAACACAAUCUAGCAUAAGCCAAAAGCACCCCUGACCAAUCAGCAUCUCCUCAUAGAGAUGCAUUGAAUCAGUACAUCUCAAUGAGGAACGUUCAGUGUGUCUAUGCGGAGGGUGGACACACUGAAUGUCAGUGCUGCACACUGUACAGCACUGCCCAAGGAAGCACAUCUAGUAGCCAUCCGAGGAGUGGCCAGUGGAGGUAUCUCUCGGCUAUAAUGUAAACACUACCCUUUCUCUGAAAAUACAGUGUUUACUGCAAAAAGCCUGAAGGGAAUGAUUCUACUCACCAGAACAAAUAUUAUUACUGGUAUUUAUUUAACCCCUUAAGUACGGUGGACAUUCUACCAUACGGUCUGAAAGGCAACGUAACCAAUCUGGCGAAUUUGUUCUGGUGACUAUAGUGUCCCUUUAACACUCAAAAUCUAAAAAUAACAAAACAAAACUUUAAUCAUAUGUUUAAUGUCUCUUAUAAAACACAAUAAAUGUACCCCAGUACUAAGUUUACUCCAACCCUAAACUCCAUUCUAAACACCCCUUAUAUUACAACUAUAACCCUUCUCAAGCAUUUAAUCCUCGUAACACUAAACCCACUGUGUAUGUGUAAUCUAACUGUGAUAUUAGCUCUCUCAAACUUAACCCCUUCAGGACCGAGGAUGGUUCAGGACCGUCAUCUGCAUUUUUGCGUUGCCGACCGGUGACGGUCCUAACGGUCCAAUGUACUUACCGAUCGCCAUCGUUCCCCUGGCGGCGAUCGUGUUGCUCCCGUUGUGGGGAGACUGCCUGCAGCCCAGACAGUCUCCCCAUGGCAGAUUAGGACCCCUGUGGCCACGUGAUCGCUCAACAGAGCGAUCACAUGGUCACAAUAGGUGUCAAUUAGAGAUGUCGCGAACUGCUCGCCGAACUGUUUGCGAACUGUCCGCCGGCGAACAAUAGUGUGUUCGCGUUGGGCGAACAUAUGCGAUUUCCGGUCCGCCCCCUAUUCGUCAUCAUUGUGUACACUUUGACCCGGAACCUCACCGGCGGACAGUUCGCGAACAGUUCGGCGAGCAGUUGGCGACAUCUCUAGUGUCCAUGUGUCUGCCUUCAGGGGGACUGCCUGUCAGUGUAAAAUCAUAAAAAAAGUUAAAGUUAAUAAAAAUAAAUAAAUAAAAAAAAUUAUAUGUGUGUGUGUGUGUGUGUAUAUAUGUGUAUAUAUAUAUGUAUAUGUGUCUAUAUGUCAUAUAUAUAUCAUAUAUAAUGUCAUACUAAGUGUAUUUGUAUAAUAUGUACAUAUAUUAAAGGACCACUCUAGGCACCCAGACCACUUCAGCUUAAUGAAGUGGUCUGGGUGCCUGGUCCAGCUAGGUUUAACCCAUUUUUUCAUAAACAUAGCAGUUUCAGAGAAACUGCUAUGUUUAUGAAUGGGUUAAGCCUUCCCCUAUUUCCUCUAGUGGCUGUCUCAUUGACAGCCACUAGAGGCGCUUGCGUGCUUCUCACUGUGAUUUUCACAGUGAGAGCACGCCAGCGUCCAUAGGAAAGCAUUAUGAAUGCUUUCCUGUGUGACCGGCUGAAUGCGCGCGUGCGCAUUCAGCCCAGGAGGAGGAACGGAGGAGGAUCGGAGGAGGAGAGCUCCCCGCCCAGCGCUGGAAAAAGGUAAGUUUUUACCCCUUUCCUCUCCCCAGAGCCGAGUAUGUUUUCCUGGCACUAUAGUGGUCCUUUAAUAUAAAAAUACACUUAUAAUUAAAUUACACACGUGUGUGUGUGUGUGUGUAUAUAUAUAUAUAUAUAUAUUAUAAAUAACUAUAUAUUGUAUAUAAAUAUUAUAAAAUACAAAUAAGUAAUUUAAAUUAAAAACAUGUAAAAAUAAUAAAAAUUAAAAAAAUAUAUAUCUAUAUGAAAUUUUAUUCUAACUGUAUUUUGAUAGUAAUAUAUAUACAUCAAAAUACACUUAGAAUGAAAUUGUGUGUAUAUAUAUCUAUGUAUAUAAAUAAAUAAAAAUAAUACGAAAUAUACAUAUGUCCAUAUACAAAAUUACAUAAAUAAUUAUAUAAAUAUAAACAUAGACUUCAAAUAUAUAAAUAUGCAUAUAUAUUUAAAUUCUACGUGCGUAUUUAUGUAAUAUUUUUACAUAAUUAAGUAAUUUUAUUGAUUGCAAUUUGAGGGACCUGCCUGACAACCCAGACUGAAAGUCCAGAGAAUUUAAUUUGCUAGCACUAUAUUUUACCCUGUAACUUUCUAUGACACCCUAAAACCUGUACAUGGGGGGUACUGUUUUACUCGGGAGACUUCGCUGAACACAAAUAUUAGUGAUUCAAAACAGUAAAACAUAUCACAGCGAUGAUAUUGUCAGUGAAAGUGACUUUUUUUUGCAUUUUUCACACACAAACAGCACUUUUACUGAUGAUAUAAUUGUUGUGAUAUGUUUUCCUGUUUUGAAACACUAAUAUUUGUGUUCAGCAAAGUCUCCCGAGUAUAACAGUACCCCCCCAUGUACAGGUUUUAUAGCGUUUUUGAAAGUUACAGGGUCAAAUAUAUGGGUCAAAUAUUUUUACAUUGAAAAUGGCCAGGUUGGUUACGUUGCCUUUGAGAGCGUAUGGUAGCCCAGGAAUGAGAAUUACCCCCAUGAUGGCAUACCAUUUGCAAAAGAAGACAACCCAAGGUAUUGCAAAUGGGGUAUGUCCAGUCUUUUUUAGUAACCACUUGGUCACAAACACUGGCCAAAAUUAGCGUUCAAUUUAGUUUUUUUACUUUUUUCACACACAAACAAAUAUGAAUGCUUACUUUGGCCAGUGUUUUCGACUAAGUGGCUACUAAAAAAGACUGGACAUACCCCAUAUUGAAUACCCUGGGUUGUCUACUUUAAAAAAAAUAUGUACAUGUGGGGUGUUAUUCAGAGAUUUAUGACAGAUAAUAGUGUUACAAUGUCACUAUUGAUAAAUUUUAAAAAUGUAUGUUUUGAAACUGCAAUAUCCUACUUGUACCUAUAGCCCUAUAACUUGCAAAAAAAAAGCACGUAAGCAUUGGGUAUUUUAAACUCAUGACAUUUUGAAUCUAUUUAGCAGUUUUUUUCAUUCACUUUUGUAGCUGAGUAAAAGAUUUUUCGAGUAAAAGUCAAAAAACAUGUAUUUUUUUUUUUUCAAUUUAUCAUCAUAUUUUUAAAAAGAUUUUUUAAAUUAAAUUACAUGAGAUUAUAUAAAUAAUGGUAUGUAAAGAAAGCCCCUUUUGUCCUGAAAAAAAACUAUAUAUAAUUUGUGUGGGAACAGUAAAUGAGAGAGCGGAAAAUUACAGCUAAACACAAACACCACAAAAGUGUAAAAAGAGGCCUGGUCGCAAAUAUACAACAUCGCAAAAACAGUCCAGUCCUUAAGGGGUUAAAGCUCUCCUUCACCCUAAUCUAUAUUUACAAAGAGAAAUAUGCGCAUACCUAUAUCAGUAUAUGCUUUUUAGACAUGUUAUACUUGCAAUGUCCAGAUAAUAAAUGUUGUUUGUUUUGUUGUUUUUUGUUUGUCACGGGGGGUGUGGGGUGGAGGUGGCAGAGGGGCAUCUUGGAAUUCUGUGCCUAGAGGCGCUUGGCAUGUAAAUCCUCCACUGCUGGUACUUGGAAAUUCUCUUAGAACACACAUUUGUAAAUAUUACUCCAUUAAAAUAAACCAGGCUUGUGAAAUGCACUGAUAAAAUACAGUGUAUGCUUUAUAAACCACAAAUUAGCUGAAAUGUUGGAAGUAAUUGAUAAAAUGUGUCAUGACGCACAUUACUCCAAGUGUGCUCAAGAUUUGGUUUUGGGGGUGAAAGGGUAAAAAAAAAAAAAAUCAUUAUUUGUCUGUGCUAGCUUAAAAAUAAUAACAAAACAAAUCUUGCUUACCACCACCUUUAGAGCAGGGCUUGAUGAAUUUGCUUGGAAUCUAGGAGCCAGCUUCUCACACAGCGUAAGGACGUCCAGCGACGCUCUAGCACAGGUUUUCUGUGCUAUGAAGCAGGAAGUGCCCUCUAGUGGCUGUCUAGUAGACAGCCAGUAGAGGUGGAGUUAACCCUGCAAGGUAAUUAUUGCAGUUUAUAAAAAACAGGGUUAAGGGUAGUGGGAGUUGGCACCCAGACCACUCCAAUGGGCAGAAGUGGUCUGGGUGCCUGGAGUGUCCCUUUAAGUUCACCCAGCCUUCCUACCUUUUGGAAGAGCUGAAGUGGAUUCUUUCCCUGGGGCCCAGAGUGGCUGCUGUAUUCUUGCUUUGCUUCCUCGCUCGGGGCCAGAGUGCUGCCAUAUCUCCCCUCCCGGUAUUACAGUGGGGCGCAUGAGUAAAAUCACCUUUAAUGGUGCCAAGGAGGGCCGGACUCUCUAAACAGUGUUUUUAGAUUUAUAGUGUUAAUAAUACAUGUCCUUAAAGGACCACUAAAGUCACCCAAUUUAAAACAUUUUCAUUUUUUAGGAAGACUGCCACUAGAGGUUCUUCCAUGGCACUGUAAAACUCGGUCACGUGAUGUGGAAGCCCAUAGGAAAGAAUACAAUGCUUUCCUAUGGGGAAGCUUGGAUCCACUCAUGAGCAUCAGGUACCCAAUGCGACAAUACUACCUCAUCCAUGAUGGUCAGAUUGGACAAUUAUGGAGGAGGUAGUGUUGUCACAGUAAGCAGAGAUGUUAACAUUACCGAGGAAGUCUCUGCACAGGUAACAGGCAAAUAAAACCUGUAUAAAACUAAGGAUAGGGUUAGUAUAACAUUUUGAAUACAGUUUAGUAUUCCUAAUGCUAUAGUGUUCCUUUUAAGGUGCAACAUAGUCCUUGUCGCCCUUAUCAAGAAAAGGUAAAAAGAAAAUUCCAUAGAAUCAUUGAAUGAAUAUACAAUUCAAUAUUUUUUGUUCUUAACUUGAUUCCAGGGUAAGUUACAACAGAUCUUCCUGGAUAAAUGUACAGAAGCUAUGCAGUCUAAAUAGCACAGCCUUCUACUUCUACCGUCUCUAUCCCAGUAGGUAAAAAAAGGAAAAGAUGGGAGCGAUUCCAGCUUGGAUUCUUAAACAUCAGAUUCUGAAGAUUCUGUAGAUUCUUCUGACGAAGUAUGCUCUCUCCAGUGAGACAAUUUACAGUUUCUGCUGUAAUGGAAGAUCACAAUGAGGUUCACAGACAUAAGAAUUCUAAAGCAUUUCCUUUCCAUCCAAAAUUAAUUCAAAAAAACUUACAUCACUAAGCAUUUUAAAAAUAGCUUUAAACUGCAUGUGAACUUUAAGAUAAAAAUGUAAGAUCUUUCUAAGGUGGAUGUUCUAAUUGUAAAAAAAGACAACACAUUCCCUAUAGGAGGUACAAGCAGUUUUCAAGAUACGAUGGACAAAAGAGUAGAAUCAUUAUUAAGAAGGGUAUUUUCAGCAUCCGAAACUCAGUGUAAAACUCUUAUUGCAGGCACAUCAGUUGCCAGAGCACAACGUGUGUGGCUGGAUUCCUUGGAAAAAUCUUUCAUGUGAGAUAAUAAAGAUCAUGAAAUGAAACUUCUUCAAAACAUUUGUUUGGCAUCUGAAUUGUUGACUGGACUUAUGUGCUUUAGAAGCAUAUCAGCCAGAACCAGGGGGAGGACAAUAGGUUCCCCCACCUAUUCUAAUUUAGGGACCCCACCUGCCGCUCAAGGCAUGGGUGGGGGCUUGGGAGGGAGGGGACACUUGUUUUUGUAACAGUUAGCAGCCACAGGCUGCACUGUUUACUAGACAUGCCCCUACUCAUGGUAUAGCGUGUAGGGGCAGAAUUGACUAAUACUAAGUAAUAUAUUUACUUAGUAUUCGUAAAUUUGACUGAAAGACCAACUUUCAGCCUUUUGGUAGAUAGCUCCCAAUACUGUGGGAAUUAGGGAGUUAUCUACUAAGCAGCUGCAAGAGAACAUACCCGAAGUCCUGAAUUUCGGAAUGCUGAACCAAACCGAAUAUUUUGCCCAUGCACAUCCCUAAUAUGCCCCUCUCUGCUACACUGCCUCCUUCUCUCAUCCCAUGCCUUGCACUCAAUUUUCUACUCUCUCACUCCUAUCCACAAUUGAUCUCAUCCUAGACCCCAUGCAUACAAAACCCAUUCACACCUCCUGUUACUUUCUCUCCUCCUGCUUCUAGCAGCUGGUGAUGUCUCUCGCAACCCAGGGCCCUUAACCUUCUCUACACACUAAGAAAACCAGAAACCCCACAAACCUUAUCACAAUACCCUGCCCUUUACCCUCACUUACCAACAUUCAGUGUGCACUUUGCAACGCCCGCUCCAUCUCCAGUAAUUUAAAAUCAACAGCCAUGCAUGACCUUUUUAUUCUCAAACUCAAUCACACUACUUGCACUGACAGAGACCUGGCUGUCCCCCUCUGAUAGCGCUACUCUUGCCUCUUUAUGUUUUCGUGGGCUAUAAUUCUCUCACACUCCCAGACUCAACUGUAAAGGAGGUGGUGUAGGCAUCCUUCUCUCCCCUCAAUGUACCUUUCAACUAAUCAUAACUCCCCCUGCCCUAUCCUUUUCUUCUUUUGAAGUUCACACUGUCCACCAAUUUAAACCCACUCCUUUAAGAAUUGCUAUCAUCUACCGCCCCCCAGUCAUCCUAGGCUAUUCAUUGAGCACUUUUUUUCCUGGCUUCCCCACUUCCUCUUAUCUAGCACUCCUUCCAUUCUACUUUGGGAUUUCAAUAUACCAAUCAACAACCCCAACGGCAUUGAUGCGUCUCGUCUGCUGUCUGUAACCUCCUCCUUUGGCCUUACUCAAUGGUCCAAUUAAGCAACCCAUACAGUGGGAAACACUCUUGAUCUCGCCUUCACCAAUCUCUUUACCGCCUCUAAUCGGUUCAAUAUUCCUUUUCCUCUAUCUGACCACCAUCUGCUGACUUUUGACAUCGGCAUACCUAAGACCCAGUUGACACCACCAUCUGAACAUCAGUCUCACAGAAACCUCCAAUGUCUUGACCUAGAGCAUUUCUCCACUAAUCUCCAAACUUUUUUUUACCUAUCUCAAACUUCACCUGUCCUAGCUCUGCAACCUUCUUCUACAAUUCCACCCUUUCCUCUCAACUAGACAUCAUGGCACCCCUUACAUUUAAACACAGCAAGCACCCCCUACAACAACCUUGGCACACCAAGCUGACUUGAUAUCUCCAAAAAUACUCCAGAAUGGCUGAACGCUGUUUGAGAAAGUCUCACUGAAAGUCUCACUAUAAAUUUAUGCUGCGCUCAUACAGCUUGGCUCUUUCCUCUGCAAUAGGAAAUAUACCCUCAUAACCACACUCUCUCCCGCGAACCCAAACGACUAUUUCACACAUUUAAUUCUCUUCUUCGCCCUAUUGUUCCUCCUCCACCUACUAACUUGACCGCUUCAGACUUUGCAACUCACUUCACUGACAAGAUCUCUACAAUCAGGGAAGAGAUCUCUCAUCUUUCUUCUUCCCCUUACAAUACUUCCCCAUACCUCACUCCCUCUGCUGUUCUAUGUUCAUUCGCACCCGCUACAGUGGGAGAGGUUUCUGCUCUGCUGCAGUCCUCCCGCCCCACCACCUGCUUUCUAGAUCCUAUUCCCUCUCAUUUCAUCCGUACUCGAUCUUCUUCUCUUUCUCUACCUCUCACUAAAAUUCUCAGUCUCUCUCUCCUCUGGCAUAUUUCCAUUGCCUUUCAAACAUGCAACUAUAACCCCAAUUGGAAAGAAGCACAACCUUGACCCUAACUCCCCAUCCAACUACCCAUCCUAUCUUGCUACUGCCUUUUGCAUCCACAAUCCUUGACAGAGUUGUGUAUGUGAGAUUGACAGACUUCCUCAAGUCCAACUCUCUGCUAGACCUGCUUCAGUCUGGUUUCCGCACUAAGCACUCUGUGGAAACAGCACUGACCAAAGUAUCAAAUGAUCUACUCGCUGCAAAAUCUUGUGGUCACUACUCUAUCCUAAUUCUCCUUGACCUUUCUCCUUGACCUUUUUGACACUGUUGAUCAUCAACAGCUUCUUCUCAUCCUCCGCAAUAUCAGUCUACAAGAUAUUGCUCUCUCCUGGUGCUCCUCCUACCUUUCCCAGCGGUCUUUCUGUGUUCUCUGCCUCUGCUUCUUCUCCUCAAGGUUCAGUCCUUGGUCCCCUACUGUUCUCCAUCUAUACUGCCACCUUUGGUAAACUCAUUAGCUCCUUUGGCUUCUGAUAUCAUUUCCCUCUUGACUAGUGUCUCUGACUGCCUCUCUGCUAUUUCUAACUGGAUGCCUGCCCACUUCCUUAAACUCAACUGAAAUUCUGGUCUGUCCUCCCUCAAGUGUUGCUACUCCUGUGUCUAUCUCCCUCCAAGUCAACGGUGCUACCAUCAGCUCCACCACGCAGGCUCGCUGCCUAGGUGUUCUCUUUGACUCCGACCUCUUCUUCACGCCUCAUGUACAGUCUAUCUCCAAAUCCUGCCACUUCCAUCUAAAAAACAUUGGGCGCAUCCGACCCUACUUAUCGCCAGAUGGGACUAAGGUGCCAUUCCACUGUCCUUUCUGGCCUUAACUACUAUAAUCCUCUUCUCAGUGGUCUUACAUGCUCCCUACUUGCGCUGUUACAGUUUAUAAUGAAUGCGACGGCGAGGUUCAUCUUCCUGUCCACCCGCACCGCCUUUACCUCACCUUUCUGUCAGUCCCUACAUUGGCUUCCUGUAAGAUAUAGGGCUCAAUUUAAAAUUCUGGUUCUUGCUUUUAAAUCUCUACAUAAUGCUGCUCCCACCUAUCUAUCCUCCUUAAUACACAAGUAUGUCCCGUCUAGGCCCUUGCGCUCUGCUGAAGACUUACGUCUAUCUUCUGUCCGUACUCCCACCUCUGAUGCUCGUCUUCAAGACUUCUCGAGGGCUGCACCGUUCCUGUGGAACUCCCUUCCCUCCUCCAUUAGAAGCUCACGCAGUCUCCACUCCUUGAAAAAAAUCAUUAAACCUACUUCUUCAUAAAAGCGUAUCAAUUAAACUGUAAACCUUUUGUGUCACUUUACCCCACUCCCUCUAGCAUGUAAGCUCAUUGAGUUCCUGUGUGUCCAACUUGCCUGGUUACAACUACAUGUUUGUUCGUCCACCUACUGUAAAGUGCUGCGGAAUUUGUUAAUAAUAAUAAUAAUGACAAUGUUUCUUCAUCUAUAGAAAGUAAGCAAGUAGAGAUCUCCUCUUCUACCUUUUGGAUUAAUAUCCGUUAAUAUAAAAUCGGUUUCCAAUAUUCUGGCAGAGAGCUUAAGCAGAAAUUACUUCAAAGAAACAGACUAGUCUCUAUCGCUGCAGAUAUUUCAUUUGCUACUGAAGAUAUUCAGACCUCCAGAGAUAAAUUUAAUGGGAUCAAGGAUAAACAAGACACUACACAAAUUCGUCUUAUUAUUGCCAUUUAUUAUUAUUAUUAGGAACAUUGCCAGCAUGUGUGACGUAUGAGAUGUUCUAGCAUGAAGAGACUGAGGAACCUGGUACCAAGUGUGUGGAGACUGCACAUUUAUGUGUCAAAAGCAUUAUUUUAGCCCAGUCCUUCUCAACCAGUGUGAUUCCCAUAUACUCUUCCCACUUCAGGGCCCGUGGAGGCAUUAGGUAGGGAAAUUAAGUGACAGUCUGAGGAAGCUGUUUGGUGUGUACCUUAUCCACACAGUACCUACACAUCAGUGCCUAUUAUAGAGGAUCUUUUUAAUUGAGUGAAUUUUUAUUUUAUAUUGCUCUUGCAUAUACGUAGUGUGCUAUGUUUUUAUACUUUCUUCCUGAGAUAAUGCGGUAAAGAGUGGAAGAUCACCUUGGUUUAUCAUUGUGUUUAGGGUAGAGUGGUAACCUAAACAGAUCUAGAGCUUGCUUACACAUGUGAGUGUUAUAUUGUCUACAUUAUUUAUAAAUAUUACAAAAGGGUGUUUCAAAAGGAUGUACCUGAUUUGAAAUCGCUUCAUCUCCACGAACUGCCCAUGAAUGAAACUCUUACCACUUGGAAGGGUGGGGCAUAGAGGUUUAAAUGAUUACUGCUAGAUGCCUCUACCAGUGCACAAAGGGCCCCUAGCUUCAGAUAUUUCGAAGAUGACGAUCCCUCAAAUGCAAGGCAUCUUGCGUUCUGCAGCUCAGCAAGACUGAAUCUGUAAUUGCUGUGCAGCGUGUGUUUCAACAGCGUUUUGGCAUUGAUCCUUCGAUGCCAAAUUUGUCAUUGGUACCAACAAUCUGAGGAAACAGGCUGUUUAUGUUAGGAGAAGAGCAUAGGGCAAGAGGAAAACGUGAGAAGAAUUCAAGAGAGUUUUCAGCGUAGGCCACCCAAGUCCACUCGUCAUGCCAGCGAAGAACUUACGAUCUCUCAUAUGACUGUCUGGAAUGUGAUAAGGUGAUGUUUAAUCGUGAGGCCAUAUCGUCUCAAUGUUGUCCGUACAGUAGCUGAGGGGGCCAUAUAAGCAUUCACAAAAUGAUUAGAAAAACUUAAUAACACAUUAAACCAUUUUUAACUUUUGCUGUAAUUGUAAAUUGUAACAUGUUGCCAUUGUAAAAUAUACUGCUUUGAAUUUGGGACAAUCAUUUUUAAACACCUUGUAUAUUGUUUUAUUUCCAAAAGGCACAAAUACUAUACAGGUAUAGCAAAUAUAUAAUAAUACAAGUGCCAAUUAACACAUUUGUGUCAGAUUUUGUGGUGAUUAUUAAAUAAUCACUCCACUUCACUUAAUACUUUCAGAUUUAUUUUUUUUAGCUGGUUAUGGUAUGUUUGGUAUGUUUGGUUUGGGACCAUUAGUACUUUGGUAAAUAUACUCGACUAUGUGAACUUAUGUUUACAGUGUUAUUAGGACUAUAUGCUAUUAACUUGCAGUAGUUUGUUUGUUUUACAGCAACUUGAGUUGCUUGAGAAUAUAAUCGGUAUCUUGUAUUUACUGCUUGCCAAAUCUCCAAGCAGUAUAUUGUAAACCAUCUUUUGCUACUGUGUCUUUCUAUAGAUCUCUGGAUGUGCCCUGAAAGUUAUUGCUAACUAUUUCUGCUUGGCUAAUGAACUCUACAUGCUUAUAUUAAUCACUGUGUUAUAUGUUCUUUUCUACAGGUGAAACACGCAUGAGAUUUUAUCAACUGUUAGUUAAUGGUCUCUACACACCGCAGACCCUUCCAGUUGGUGGUGAAUUGGAUGUUUCCCCGACUGUAAAUGAAACGCCACAGGUACAGCUGCAGUUCUCCGAACAUGAAGAUCUUAAAUUUUAAAGGAACAGUAUAGAGUUUGAAAUACAAAUGUAUUCCUAACGGUGACCUGCUCUCUCCCCUACUCCCAGCUAAAGUUAAAAAAAAAGUUUAAUUCCCUUUUCUCCCUCGCUACAGUGAUCUUUCCAUGGCCAUUUUAUCCUCCUUAGCUAAUUUAAUGGAGCACUAUAGUGACAUGAAAACAAACGUUCCAAUCAAUAUAUUAAGAAAACACUAUUUAGGUUACUGGCCCCCCCUCUCACUGAAGUAAAAGUGGAAUUUACUCCCCUUUCUUUCAACGCCGUACAGGUCUGUCAUGGCUGGCCUUGCCCAAGCUUCACUCCCUUGGCUGAGAUCAUUGAACCUGGUGAUCUCAGCCAAUCCAAUGCUUUCCUUUAGGCUAUUGCGCAUGCGCGGCCAAAUACAGCGCUGCACCAAUCAGGAACCUCUCAUAGAGAUCCUUUGAAUUAAUGCAUCUCUAUAGGGAACGUUCAGUGUCUCCAUGCAGAGCCUGCAGAAAUGACCCAGGCAGCACUAAUUCAGACCUACUAAGACUGCCACUAGAGGGUCUCUAGGCAGAAAUGUAAAUGCAUGCAUGGACAGGCCCGUAGGAAAGCAUUGGGAGACUAGUGUGCAUAAGCGGCAAAACGCCAUGCGCUCUGCCAAUCAAAUGGUCAAUCUGAUGGAAAUGGCAGUUCACUUGGCUAUUUCGGUAGGAGGACCUCUAGUGACUUUUAAUGUGAUAGCUGCAAGGUCCAUUUUAACCCUGUAAUGUAAACUUUGCUGUUCCCGUUUUAAUCCUGUUUAAUUUCAAGAUGCAGGAAAUUGCAGAAUUUAUAGCACAGGAGCAUGACUCCUAGACCACUUUAUUGAGAUGAUAUAUUAAAAGGGUACAUUAACAUUUACAGUAUAAAGAAAUAUACAGUGUUGUCCAUUUUUUAAUACCCUUUGCAUAAACCUAUUCCUAGUGUUUUGUUUGUUUUGAUGAGAACAAUGUUUUGUUCCAUGUCAUUUACCUGAAUGCUAUUACAUAAAAUCUGUGUACCCAUAUCUAAAAAGUUUAAAAAAGUUUUUUUAAUAAAGUGUAUUUAAAAAAAUAAUAAAAAAAAAAAAUUUACAUUUUAAAAAUACACUGAGAUUCAGUAUGGGUUCCUUCAGACCAGUAAAGAAAAAGACGGAUGUUUAUAACACUUCUCCAAGUUCUUGGGUGGUUUAGAGUAGUUGAAAUGAUAAUAAAUGAGUGUCGCCUUUUAUCUCUGCAAUCAGUUGUUGUUGUUGUAGUAGUAGUAGUAGUAGUAGUAGUCCUUGCCCCUUCAAUCUUUUAUUAUUUCGUAUUCUGCUUAUAAGUAAACUGUGGUUAAUUACAAUUCCAUGAAUCACUUCCCAGCUAUUAAUAGAAUAGGUGUUUAUAUAGGCUGUAUAAAAUGUAAAAGAAUGUAAUCCAUAGAACUGUAAUACUACAGUCUUCUAUACCCAUAUGAACAAUUUGUUUUUAUCAUACAAGAUACAUUAGUAAAUGCCAACAACAUUCUGUAUUACAUAGAUAAAAUGAAAACAAAACUGCAAUUUUUAAAUAAAACCACUAUUUAGCUGUCAGGUCUUAAAUACGUUUCACCUCUUGACUUAUUGUCACUAUGUCUUGGGGCCAUUGUUCUUGCUCUAUAGAUCCUUAUCUAUAGAAAAUAAUAUCUUAUAAGACAAGAAAAAUAUUUAUUUAAAAAAAAUAGAGCUGUACUCAUGUCUUAUAUAUUCUAAUUAUUAUACAGGUAAAUGAAUCCUCGAAACGGACAAAAGAGACUGGUGCGGGGGCGCCCGUUACUCCGAAUAGCAGUACCCCAUUUUCACAUGAUACAGCUUAUUCAAGCUGUCGACAAGACACCCCCAACUCCUUUAGCCAGUAUACACCACAAUCGCAAGGGACCCCUCACACACCCCGUCUAGGAACGCCGUUCUCUCAAGACUCUAACUAUUCCAGUCGGCAAGCCACACCAGCUUUUCAGUUUGGACAAGACUCUACCUACAAACCUAGGAGGCCUGAAAAUAAAUUUCCAGAUGCUUAUAAUCGAAGGCCAGGGCACCCCUAUGUUCAUAACUCUGGUCUGUUUAGGGGCUCUGAACACAGCUUUAACACUGCUAGAUCCCAGCCAGAGACAUUGCAGUUUUCACACACAUCACCGUUGAACCAAUCUGGUGUGAACUAUAAGUCUGCAUUUUCUCCUUAUCAAGCAACAACAGCAUAUUCCCAAGCUGAUGAGAACUCGUUCCCACAAACUUCAAGGGAUAUAGAGUAUAGGAGGACAGCACCCCCACCUACAGACACCUAUUCAGAUAGUGGAUGUAGUUCUGUAAAUAUCGACUUUAUACCAGUUAAAGAAAAACCAGAUGAGCCCCCUCUUCCGGAACCGGAGUGCCCCACAGAACAGAAAGUAGCCUCUUGUGCACGGACGCCAGAAAGAUGUGUAACCCCAGGAACGCCAACUCUGGAGGAUGAAAUGUUGCACAACAGUUUAGAUUCUAGGAUUGAAAUGCUUUUAAAAGAGCAAAGAACCAAGUUACCUUUCCUCCAUGAGCAGAGCUCAGAUAAUGAAUUGAGGAUGGAAGGGAGCCCUAUAUCCUCUUCUUCCUCUCAGCUUUCACCAAUCCCUCCGUAUAGUACAAACUCCCAUUACCAAGAUGUCACUCCUUCCUCUCGACCCUCAAGCACAGGACUUGAGGACAUCAGCCCCACCCCUUUACCUGACUCGGACGAUGAUGAGUCUAUUCCUGGCACAGCAUCCCUUUGCCAGAACUCUAGGUCAACAACUCCCAUUGAGCAGCCUAGUCAACCUGGGAGGAAAAUGGAGAGCUCAGAUGUGAAGGAACAAUUAACAGGAGAUGAGACCCCAACAUCUGAGAAGAUGGAUGAGGUGAGUGAGGCUAUGACAUGCUUUAUAUUUUCUUAAGCUGAUAUCUUACAACUAGUUGAAAUCAAUGCUUACAAGGCUUACAAAAGGUUUAAUAUUAAAAAAACAAAAGCAAAGUAUGAACUACUUAAAUAACUGGAGAAAUUAGCUUUAAUUAAAAUAGCAUUGCUUGUGAUAAGAUUUUGGUUAGAAGAAUAUAUGAUGUGAUUUGUUCUGCAAACAUGCUCUCAGCCUAAUAUACCGGACUACUCUAAAAAUUACUGCAUCAAUAGAAGUCUACGUAUAUGCCAUCAGUGUAUCCUUAAUGGGAUAUAAUAAAACAAAAAUGGUUGAUCAUAAUUUACAUUUAGUAAAAUAGGUCCAACUUUAGUCUCUAUGUUCUUCUUGUCCACGAAUCUGGUUAUCUCUUUAUUACCAUUAGUAAUUAUAAAGUAGCUGUUCAAUUAAUCUUUAAUUGCCAAUCACAAGAAAAGAAUAGUUCUGUCCUCCUGAUCUUUAUAACUGGGACCAACACAUUGCGUUUUGCAUUUUUUAAGGGUCUCUAAUAAAGGCUAACUGUUGCUUAGGAAUGUAGCCGCCACCAAUAUUGUGCAAAUGAUAUGUGUGUCCUGGUGCUGUCCAAAUCCAAGUCCUGGACCCAACAUUAAAAUUGUUCAUUGUUUGUCGAUCACUCAGCCUUCUGAUACACCCUUUACCACAAAUAAAAGCUGUUUUCGGAGAGGGUAUCUCGCAUCAGCCUCGAGUGUAACUCGCAUCAGCCAAUAUGCUGCCAUUGCAAAGUGUCAAACUUGGUACCAGAUGUGUACACAUUCCAUAUGUAUGUAAAGACUGCAAACAUGGACUUGUUGGGUGGUCUUUCACGUAUACUAGACUCACCGGAACAUCACUUUCUUGUUGAGUGUUGAUGACCAUAAGCAUAGUACAAGACCCAGAAUAGGAUACUCAAAAUAUCUUUUAGAGUCUCUUGUGUAGCUUUCUAAUUCCCUUUCCUAUUUGAAUGUGUUUAGAAAGAACCUAAUUAUUUCACUGUUAAUGUUAAUCUACACUGAUAUUUGGGAGCUAAAGUUGACAAAAAUACAUGAGCUAUUCUAACAGAGGAUAAUGGAGUGGGUUGCAGCGAACAGCAACUCUAUCCCAUUAAUUUGUGAAUUAUGAUGUUUAAGAAGAAAAAAUUAACAAUUAGUUGGAUGUUACUCAAUGAAAAUUUGUUGAGAUAAGGAAUCUAUAUAUUUCCAAUUUCAUUCACUUGUCUUGUGAACCAUUGUAACAUGGUGUCUGAUCUGGAGAUCACACCACUUAUAGGGGAAAACCUGCUUGGGAAUAUUCACACAACAAGCAAGCAGAUCCUUGAUUGUAAUAUUAAACCAAUGGCUUCUGAUUUUGUUUAUUUUAUACCUAAAGAACAUUAGUGUAUCAGAGAUAUGCCAAGUAUAAAUCAAUCUAAAUCCUGAGGGCCAGAUUAAUUUUGGACAGAAACAUGACCUUUUCAGACUCUGUGUAGUGCAUAUUUUUAAUCCUUUUGCAUGCUUUACCUUGUAUUACACUAAUAUUGCAAACAUGUCUGUUAAGGAGAUUUUUAUUAUUGCAUUAUAACUGCAACUAUUUUUUUGUUGCAUAAAAAUCAAAAGUUUAAGAUCUGUCCAAGAUUUAAAUGCGGGUCGUUGUUGAAAGCAAAUAGUAUUUUGUGAUUUGUUGCACGGGACCUAGCAUAUAUUCUUAAAAGGGUAAGUCAACUGCUGUAUACAACAGUUUUAUAAUUCUAAAGUCAAAAUCAAGAACAAAGGCUAUUUGGUGUAUAGAUCAUGCCGCUGCAGUCUCACUGCUCAAUUCUUUUAGGAGUUAAAUCACUUUGUGUAUGAAACCCUAGUCACACCCCCCUGCAUGUGACUUGCACAGCCUUCCUAAACGCUUCCUCUAAAGAGUCAUCUAAUGUUUACACUUCCUUUAUUGCAAAUCAUAUUUAAUUUAGAUUUUACUGUCUCCUGCUCUGCUAAUAGCUUGAUAGACCCUUCAGGAGCCUCCUGUAUGUAAUUAAAGUUCAAUUUACAGAGCAGGAGACAAAACUUUCAAAGUAAGUUACAUCUGAUUGAAAGUGAAACCAUUUUGUUUUCAUGCAGGCUUUGUCAGUCAAAGCCAGGGGAGGUGUGGCUAGUACUGCAUAAACAGAAACACAAGUUAUUUAACUCCUAAAUGACAGGGAAUUGAGCAGUGAGACUUCAGGGGCAUGCUCUAUACACCAAACUGCUUCAUUAAGAUAAAGUUGUAAGAACUUCUAAAUGCAUUUUUAACAUCUUUUUCUUCAAAGCUUAAAGUGCCUCUGUCACUUUAUGUCACUAUUUGGGUAUUUAUAAAAAUACUAAAUGCUUAGGAAAUACUCAUGUUUACUGCUUUGGGAGUUCAUUGACAUUACAACACUAUCAAGAAAUAUUAUAUAGAGUAAGCUCCUUUGGGCAGCUCCACACCGAAUGUCACAUUCUGGGGUCCUUACAAAAAUCAUGCAAAACCCUCCAAUGAUGACAGUGCUGCUUUAGCAUAUGCACACAGUCAUGCCUGAGUUAGGUGUGCUUAGAACACUCCCACAGUCCUUCACCUAUGUCCCCAAUCCCUUGAAACCAACACAAGGCCUAGAAAACCUAGCCACCGAGUAACUCCCAAAAGACAACUGGAACCAAGAAUGGUCGGAACACCGAACUCACUCAUCUCCUAACCUAGUUUCGUUGUACAUACUACCCAUUGGCACUAACAACGCGUUCCUGACGAGGAAACAAUAAGAACUUUGCGAAGCCACGGAUUUGACAUUGCUUCUGAAGUUCAGAACUACUAAAGGGAACGACCGCAACAAAGCUACACCUCCUACACAACAAACAAACUUGUACACAGUCAUACCAACUUACUGAUUGUAACCACUAGCUAAUCUUUUUUGCUACAAGAAGAGUUAAUGUCAUGACUAUCAUUGACGACAUUUGACGCAUCAUGUCGGUGUCUACCCAUUCUCUUCUGCAACCUGAUUUAACUGAAAAAUGCCAAUAAAACCAGAAGGUUAAAAAAAAAAAAAAAAAACACUCACACAGUUGGCAUGAAAAACCUCCCACUGUGUUACAUGUGUAUCCCUAUCCUUGUAGUGGCAACUUUGGCCUUUAAGGCUAUUUUCCAUUUAUAAUAUGUAAUGAAUCGUGUUCAUUCAGAGCAAUGAAGCUGCAGACAGUCAGAGAGACAAAAGAUUGACAUGUAGUGAAAUACUUACGAUGUGUCUGCUUAGGUUUCCUCAUCAUCUAAUUCUGGCUGCUUGGCUUCCAGCAGUGAUGCAUUAAUAAAAAAAAAAGAAUAUUUUUUAGAUUGCGGAGGAGUUACUAAGGCAGAUGUAUGGUGGUGUAUUCUACAAACGUUUUUGUGUGUGUGUGUGUGUAUGUGUGUGUGCACAAAAGCUACAAUUAUUUCAGUAUGCAAUCAAUAUAGCUUCAAUUUGGGAUUACAGUUUCGUUGAUGGCAAGAAUACCAAUUUAAAUGAUCACUUCAAACUGAAGUGCUUUAGGGGUUAACAGAAAUCUGCACUUUUAUAAACUGUCAUGAUUGCCCCAGCACAAAGUGGAAGCCUAUGUUUCCUAUUAACAAAUAUUGGAUCCAGUGUUUUUCUAUGAAAAGCAUUGCAAGAUUGCAUGUCAGUCUCUAUCUGCAGGUGGAGUGUUGCUGUGCUAAGGAGACACUCAUGCUAUUUGAUUAGAGUAAAGUUAACCCUUUUAUUUUCAUAUUCCAGCGUUUUAACUAAAUGUAUUUAUUUAUUAUGCUGGAGUAAACAUAUUUCAGAGCAAUGACAUGUUAACUAUAUUUACAUAGUAAUGUUGCCGGUAUUGGUAUAUCAUCAUGCCAUAAAUGUUUGGAAUACUCCAGUAAAAGAUCAAUGAAAGUGUUCUUAUUGUAAGUAUGGGAGGUCCCAUAUCAGAUGGUGUAGCAUCAACCUCUCUGCCUGUCUCCAAGUUGUUUGCUGACUCAAUUAUCAUUUUAUAUUUUGGGGUUUAUUCACUAAACAGUGAGUUGUGAAUUGAAAAGUAGCCAGAGUAGGUGAAUUGGAAAUAUUCUAGUAUUCAUCUGUUUAUUAAUUGACUUAUUCUGCCUAACUUUUAAAAUGUGGAUUUCAAUUUACUAGGUUUCUCUGUUUAAAGGAUAAAACAUUUGUCACAGUAAUAUAGAGGCAAAAGGAUUUGAGACUAGUAUGCUACCAUAAUUAUAGUAAAACUUAUAUAUUUGGAGGAGUCAGCUUGAGAAUGAAAAUUCUCCAGGGAGCAAACAGAAUGGAGUAGAAGGAACACAUCUUUAUAUUAAACUAUUUCCCUCACUAUGUACAAUGGGAAUUGUUCCAUAUUUGUAAUUUAUUACACUUAUCUGGAAGGAGUUGCCUAGUGCGUGCUGAUAACUGCCCACUCUUUGUAGAAAUGACCCACUUGCAAUGUGCUAUGUCACAGCUGUAUUUAUGGGUAUGCCAGUCUUGGUUGAAUGCUUGAAUGCUUGAAUCAUGGGAUUGGUUUGUAAUCAAGAUGUCAGAGAUUCGAAAAUAUAAUCGGAAACUGCACCUGAGUCUGGGUCAAGGGAAUUAAAGGGAAUCCCGGACAUUCCUUGCGGAGACUGCUAGGGGAAUAAUUAUUGUUUACUAUUCAUCAUCAAAAUCUCUGUUAGCAUUAAUGAUUGUGUAGCAGUGUGUGGAGAAAGUGAAGGGUUGUCCUUGUAUGCAACUAUGAAAUCCUCAUAAGAAAUUAUACCUGAAGCACAUACACUUCUGAUUGCAGAGGUAACUUUGUAUGAGCCUUGUACAAUGUUCAUAUGAUUGUUUCAGGAUACAUUUUGCACUUAGGCUCCUAAAAGAAGAGCAAGUGGGCAGAGCCAGUAGACCUUCACGAUUUAUACGUUUUAAUGCAGACUGUUUUAGUGUAUUUUAGAGUUGUAGAUUUUGAAUAGCUUCUGUUCAUAGCUGGAAGAAGAUAACCUUAAAUAGAAAAUUUCUGGUAAAGGUCCUUUACCGAAAGGCCAUGAUAUCAGCUAAAAAAAAAAAAAAGCCUUGGGACUUCAACCGAUAUAUUGGAAGAUGUAUUCACUGGAGGCUCUUGGAGCCUAAUCAGAACAAAUGGCAAGCAGUGUCAACAAAAUCUGCUAAUAUCAGCCAUAAAACCUGACAUACAAUAGGGCUGCACUUACCUGAAUAUGUAUGCAUUAUAAGGGUACUGCUGGGACAAGUUAUGACAACAUAAAAAAAUCUAAGGCACGCACUUACUAAAAACAACAAAGCUCAUAAAAUGAUUUGGGCAAAAAUAAUGGGGAUUUAGGGCUGCAUAAGCAAAGUGAUUUAACUCCUAAAUGGCAGAAAAUUGAGCAGUGACACUGCAGUUGUAUGAUCUACACACCAAAGCUGUUUCAUUAAGUUGUUAUUUUGAUGACUAUAGUGUCUCUUCAAAAUUCACUUUGCUACAUUGCACUGUUUAAUAAGUAAACCACUUUGUGUAAUUUGUUUAAUUUGUAAUAAUUUCCAUGAAGGAGGCAUGUCGAAUUUGAGCUUCCGUCAAAGCUGUAUAUGACUUUAGAUUCAACAUUUUAUAUUUGGCCAUAUCCCUUAAUUUUUCCAAUUUUUUUCUUGAUUAAUUCCCAAGUAUCAGUUGCAAAACUGCCAUCCAUUUUUCUUUUUAAUUUUUUUUUUAGAUCCUUUUGCACACUUAUAUUCGACAGCUCAAUAGAAAUCAACAUUUUAUAAACUAGGAUAUUCAAAACUAAUAAUUUAUUUUUAUUGUGCAGUUACACGAAUUGGAACAAGUCAAAAACAGAAGUGCAAUAACACAUGACCUUAACAUAAGGAAACAUGUAGCUGACAUGUAGCUACACAUAUUCUAAGAAAGUACACAGCAAUCCUGUUUGCACUCUGCCUGUCUCGAAAGGAAACUUCUAUCUAGUCUAAACUAUCAUUCUCCACAAACUACUUGAAUUAAGAAGCAUUGCUGAUAAUUCUAAGGGACUAUUUCAAGAGCAAUAUCUAAUUGAUAUAGAUUAUUGUAGCUUAAAUUUAUAAUGCUAUAUAAUUUGGAGUCGCACAGAAACCUCAAAUUAUCGGUACAGCACCAAAUACUUCUGCCCAAAAGUUGGAAAACCAGUGAGCUAAAGCCAUGUAGCCCCACCAUAUGUACAUGGCCUAAGAUUUGAAAACAUGUAGGGGUGGUGCUUAAUUCCCAUUCGUAACAGUACAGAGGUGUGCUAAAUGCUCUUCACUUACACCAAAGAUAGUCAUAUUGUCAGACUUAAAUUCAAGUAUCUAGACCAGGUUUCCUCAAACUCCAGCCCUCCAGAUGUUGCUGAACUACAACUCCUAUGAUUCUCAGCCUAUCUAUUUCAUUCAUAGAAUCAUGGGAGUUGUAGUUCAGCAACAUCUGGAGGGCCAGAGUUUGAGGAAGCCUGAUCUAGACAAUAAGAGAGGUAUAUAAAACUCUGGAAAAGAAGAAAUUAAAAUAUGCAGCCCUGCAUUAGAACCUACACACAUAAAGACAAAUGAUGACAGUCUUUCUAUUUCAUACAGGUGAAUGAACUGCCAUCUUGUCCAGGCAGGUGGCACAUUUGUGAAGGUGGGAGCCUUUGUGAUAUUGCUAAUUCAAUGAAAACUAGGCUAGUCCCCAGGGCCCUUUUGAGUUUGACAUUAAAGAAACAAGAGUUGUAGAAAGUGAGGUAUAUCUGUCUUGCUUGACUUCUCAAAUUUAGUUUUUCGUGCAGACCCCUGGUAUGUUUGCUCAGACAUCUUCAGUAUAAGUUCUACUUGGGCUAGUGGUAUUUGUGCCUGCAUGGCAAAAUGUUAAAUCUCCUGAACUGUCUGAUAGAUAAGGGAGUCUUCUCCUCAGCAUGGCCUUAACACUUCCUGUUAGAGUGUGCACCUCAGUUUAACAAUAGAGAAAUUAGCAUGAAAUACAGUGCAGAUAUCUUUGAGAAUGGCUUUAAUAUCCAUGUUAGUGGCUGUAGUAUCUACAUCAUCAUUAGAGGAUUUCUGAAGUAGUCUCCAUUUCAGGAUAUUGUCGCUUGUAUCCAAAGAAAGUUCCUUUGUGAAUGAGUAUUCUUCUUGGAAAUUGGCCACAGUGCUUUGAGGGCUUCCCCAUAAGAAAGGUGUAACGUAGGUGUUUGUGAUGAGUAAGAAUGUCAUCAUAUAAAAAAAAUAAAGCUGCCUUGUGCAGAGCUCUCUCUGUAGAUGUAUUUGAGAACUUUUAAUUUGUGUUAAUUAUGCUAAGCUAACUAUUGAGUUUUAUUUUAUUGUGGCGAGCCUAUCAUCAGUGAGUGCUGUUAUUAAACACACCAAAUAGUUUUUUGGAUCUUUCAGUAUUUUCUGUGCCGUGUGCUUUGAUAGUGAACUUAUGAUGAAUUUGGAUAAACUUUGUGGAAUUAAUAUAAAUUAUUAAUCAUGGCUACUAUAGAACAGGUGUAUCGUAAAGCACUAUUCCAUGGCUUUGUUUUCAAUGACAACAUGAUGUGAUUUGGGAGUACAUUGGGGAAUAUGGUUGGUGCAUUUUCAGUGAAUUCACUGUUCCUUCCCAGCAUUUAUGCUUUGUGUGAUUUAGAACGGAGCACAAUGCUGUUUUAUGCAGUUAUUGACUAAGGAUAAAAGAGGCCAGCUGGCUUCUGGUAGUGGCAGACGGACUUGGUGAAACAAUAUAUUCCAAAAGUUAGAAUAAAAGCACAGGUGAUACAAUUAGUUGUUUCCCAUGUCUAGAAAUAACUGUUCUGAAGAAUGCAGGUUUAAAACGUGUUUAUGUACUCUUUUAAAGGGAAUUUAUAAGUAACACCAUUAAUAAGUUAUAGUUUUAUCUUGAAAAGUAUAAUAAUUGAAUGCAAAAAAGUCAGGUUUGUUUGUUUUCAGUCCGUGUUUUAAUCUUUCAUCUAAAUUACAUUUCUGCUCAGGGUAGUAUAAAGUUCAUAUUUUCAUAGUUUAUAAUAUAUAUCUGAAGACUGUUUCAUCCACCUUUAUGCUUGCUUCAUAAAAAUAAUGGAGCAGCUGUAUCCCACCUUGAAAUGAUACAUGACAUCCAACUAUACUCUGUGUGCAGAUGCCAAUGUGUCACUUGUGUACAGCUGGGCAUGCAGGUGCCUCUAUAAGCCUGUAUGAGGAAUGUUAAGAGAAAACAUAUAGUUUUUUAGUUUGUAAUCUCAAACUAUAUUGGCGUGAAUGUAUGAUUUGCAGUAGCAUUCAUUGUCCACAAAUGUAGAGUAAAAACACAUGACAGAACAUGCUAUAUAGUGAGUGGGUUUGUGUACAAUGUAGGAAUAAUUUUCAUGUUUUGCACAUGAUCACAAUAAAGCUAGUAGUACCACAUAUGCAUGAAAUGGUAUUCAUUAAAAAGUGACACCAAGUUAUGUGGAGCCAUAUAAUGGCUUCCGUCAUGUGCAGCAUUUUGAAAGUGUGUAAUUGUUAUGAAGCAUAUGAUUAAUGGAGACUAAUGUCUGUUGUUUAUCUGUUAUCUUCUAGCCAUUGACAAGGUCUAUGAUUUGAAAAUGUUCUGUUUGGCUUAAAGCACCGAGAUGCCUAUCAGACCACAUUCUUUAAUUUAAAAUAUGUAUUCUGUUUUUCCUUAACCUUUUACUAAACAUAGAACUUUUCUGUAAAAUGCACAAAAGACAAAUUUAACAACAUUUCACACAUUACAACUUCUGUUUAGUUUUUUUUCUCCUUUCUUCUCUACAUAAAAGCCAUUAAACCUUAACUGACCCUUUAAAACCAUUGUUUACUUUGCUUGCGAUUCUGGUGUUUAGCUGGUAUAAUAAUAGAUGUCUUAUUUUGAGCUUCAAGCAAGCUUGUGCUAUUAAAUUGUAUACAGUUUAUGACUGUGAAUACUGUGAAAGGCAAGUAACUGUUCUGUGAUCGAACAUUGUCAUUUGCUUCUAUCUAAUAGUCUGCAAGGAAAAUGAACAUCCGUAAAAAAACAAAAACUAUUUGACAAUAACAUACUUGUAACAUAUCAGCCUCUUGUAAAUUUACCAUUUGUAUGUACUUUUAAUAACUCUAUAGUGCUCUAUAGGUUGCAGAUUGGUGCUAUUUCCCUUUUAACCAGUCCUUGACAGAUUGAAAAACCUUGCUAGUUUACUUCUGGUGCAUGAAAUAUUUUUAUAUUUUAUAUUUACUAUCUGUUCAGAGUUUCGAAGGGGAGUUAUAAGUUUCAAACUUGUUACCGCAAAAAAUUUAAGGGUUUUUGGUUCCGGUUAAUAAUAAACUGCUGUGUUUCUUUAGUGUGCUUUAGAUAGGCAAUUGGACUGUCUGUUUGUUUAGAGUGCUGGUAGUAUAACAGGGAUAAAGAAGGGAGUAAAAUCUAAAUAACUUGAAAUUCAUGGGUGUUAUGAUUUUUAACUUUGCAAAAUUGCAUAUAGUAUAAGCUGCAAAAUAUCAAAAGUUAAUUACCACUAUUUAAGAUCAUUUAUAUUAAAAAUAAUUUAAUAAGACUAUUUCUAACAUAUAAUGUUCAUUUUUGUUUUCGGUCAGUUUGUAAGCUGCACUGUUUGUAUAUAUCUAAUUUAUUCAUUGAAUCAGGCCAUCUAACUUCUGUCAAUCUAAACAGGUUCAUCCUUCUUCUGGAGAAGAUAUGGAGAUUUCUGAUGAUGAAAUGAACGCCUCUCCUAUCACCAGUGCAGAAUGUGCCAAAUCAAUAGUCAUGAACUCUGCUGUUAGCAAUUCAUCAGUCAUGACACCUGUCAUUCCAAUACCACCUCCAGGUUUUCCUCCGAUUCCUCCUCCACCACCUCCACCACAACCAGGUUUUCCCAUGCCGCCACCUCUUCCUCCUCCCCCACCCCCAACCCACCCUUCUGUCACUGUACCACCUCCUCCAUUACCUGCCCCACCUGGGGUACCUCCACCACCACCACCUCCCCCCCCACCUCCCCAUAUAUUGCAUCCUCCACCACCCUACCAUCAAGGUAUGUUUCCCUUGAUGCAAGGGGAAAUGAUCAGUGCCCUAGGUUCCCACUGGGGUGGAAUGCCAAUGUCCUUCCAAAUGCAGACUCAAAUGCUUAGCCGUAUGAUGCAAGGGCAAAGUUCUUACUCCUACCACCAUGUUAUGGAAACUUCCAUUCCAUUUGGUAACCAGCAUCAAUACCGCCCUUUCACCAUAUCUUCACAUCCAUCCCAAGGUCAUACAUGGCAACCCUUCCCAAAGUUUGACCCAUCUGUGCCACCACCAGGCUACGAGCCCAAAAAAGAAGAUCCUCACAAAGCCACUGUGGAUGGCGUUCUGCAGGUCAUUGUAAAAGAACUGAAAGCCAUAAUGAAAAGAGACCUGAACCGGAAGAUGGUUGAGAUGGUGGCUUUCAGGGCAUUUGAUGAGUGGUGGGAAAAGAAGGAGCGGUUAGCUAAGGUAUGUGUUAUACAAAAAGAGACCCUAAUUAUAUCCUCAAUUUUCAGAGCUCUAUCUUUACAUCAACUUCCUAGUUUUUUUAUAUAUAUAUAUAUAUAUUUAUAUAAAAAUAACUUUAAAAUCCGUAUAAUUUUAUAUAUAUAUAAUGUAAUUUGCUGCAAACAUUGUUUUAUUCAAUAUUUAUAAUUUUUUUGCCUACUUUACAUGUUAUAUUUGCAUUUAUGUCUGUCUGUCUAUCUCAUCAUGUUGAAUACAACUAAUUUCCUCUCUUGAAUUGUGAAAGCCCAUGAGUUGACAAAUAAAGGAUAAACUACUACCUCCCAACUUGAUGAGGCAGAAACACCGAUAAUGCACGACUUAAGCACCUUCCUCCCACUCUAGAAGCUACUCUAGAGUCCUCAUUUCUGUUUUCUCCUCCCAGGAAAAUAGUUCAUUUGUUGCAAGCUAUGUUGAAUUAAGAAGACUUUUUUCUUCUUCUUCUUCUUCUUUACAAGCUUGAUGUUAAGUGUUCCCUAUUGAGGGACUCAUGGUUCCCAAGACAUAUAUAGAUCAGGGUUUCACAGAGGAGUGCAUGAGGCUGGCAAUGUUCUUUUAGUGGAUUAGCCUGUACCCUUCUGGGCAGCACGAAGAGUCUGCUACUUACAGGUUUGCCCAAUCAACAUGAAUUUCCCUUGAUGCCCAUUGCAGAUGGCCUGACUUUAGCUCCACAUGGCAUAUACUAGGUUUGUUGGAGGAACCUGAGGCACUACAGGCAAGCGCUAGAUUCUGUGUCAGUGUGCUUACUUGUUUCUCUAUCCUUUCUAUAUUGCCCUAGAUUAUUGAGGCUCUACCUAGGUAUUCCUCCAUUGUCCCAAGUUUGUAAUUUAAGCAGUAUUUUUGGGACACCGUUACUGCAGCAAUCUUUACUUUAUACCUGACAAUCUGAUCAGCUGGUUGGAAAUCUAAAUAGAAGAGACAUACAGUGGUUUAGUAAAUUUUCAUCAGGCUCUUCAGGCUUUGCUGUAGCUCUGUUGGGAGCCUUAUGUCCAAAGUUAGACAAAUUUUAUAAAGGUUGUCCUUGUCAGCCACAAGUGUGUUGUGUCCUUGAUUUAAAGGUUUUUUUUAUUUCACCAAUAGAUUCUCAAGGCAUUUUCACCAAUACAUUGUACUAGUGAUUUUGCUGGCAAAUGCAUAGAUUUUCCAAUAUUUUAUGUUUAAUAUUUCCUCCCCCUCCACUCCUGGCACACAGACUACCGGCAUUAAGUCACUGCAGACGUAUGUCUGCAGUCUAGCCUUCCUACCUGACACCGGCUUACCCUGAUACCCAGCUUUAGCAAUGGGACCACACAUACGUUCUGCGUGCAUCCCCCCUGCGACGGUGUUGUAAGAGAACAGUUGAAGAGGUGAGUAUCCUUAAAAAAUAGAUGGAGAUCCAUUAGAACAUGUGGGGGGGGGACGACAUUUUUGGUAAGUAUUCAUUUAAUAUAUUUUAUUUUGUUAAAGUUUUAAACUGGACUACAGGUUUACUUUAAAUCUGUUACCAGUAGCAUUUAUCACAACGUGUCUAGUACAUAUUUUGCUAGAGGGGCUGGACAGAGAGUGCAAUUAGUUAGAACUUGCAUUAUGGGUGUUUUAAUGUCUUCUUGGGAGAGACAUAAUCCCAUAUUUCAAACUCAUGAACGCUCUUGAAAUUACUGUACCUUCUCUGAUAAGAUUUUUUGUUUUUAAAUUUAUGUUAACAUUUUUAUUACAUGAGUACUUAAUUGUGCACUAUAUCUCCUAGCAGUCUUUAACGCCAGUGAAAACUGGGGAGAGCAAAGAUGAAGAGAAACCAAAGCCAAGGGACCCAAUAACUUCAAGCCUUCUUGAAGGCUGGAACAAAGGAGAAGGCCUAGGAUAUGAUGGCAUUGGAUUGGGCAUUGGACUGCGUGGGGCAAUUAGGUUGCCCUCAUUUAAGGUAAACAUUUAACUUUUUUUUUUUUUUUCUAAAACAUAAAAAAAGUAUCUUGCAUUCCUGUUUGUGAAGAAUAUGAACAUUUUUGUUCUUGACGGACUUAAUUCAAAUGGGAAAUAUUUUAGUGUGACCUCAAAUGCUUACUUUAUGCUAUCCUAGGGUUUCCAAACUCAUGUAUGAUAUUUAUGAGAUUAACCCACUUACUUGAGGAAAAAAUUCCAUCUGGGGCUCUCUGCAGUACAAGGCUAAAUAGGGCUUAGUGGAUAGGUGAGUGCGCUGGAUCUUGUGUAUUGUAUAAUUUGGCCCCCAGCAGCACCCCAUUUAUGCAUGUUCAGGUGAAUGCAGCCAACCCUCCCCUGUUUCAUAUAUAUAUAUAUAUAUUUGGGAGUCUUGCCAACUCCUUGGUUUUGCACCCCUCACUGUCACAGGUGCCUCAUCCCAGGGCCCUAUUUAGCCUUGUACUGCAGAGAGCCUCAGAUGGAAUUUUUCCCCCUAGUAAGUGGGUUAAUCUCAUAAGAGCAGACAUUAGGCUGUUAGAGUAGGACCUGCCAAAGAUGGGGUACAUUGACGUUGUGGCAGGCCUCUGCAAUGUAUGAUCAAAUGAUGUAACUAAACCCCUAUUAUUUUUGCCUAGAUUAGGUGUUUAAAAAAAAAAAAAAAAAACUAAUACAAUCGGUCAACAUUGAAGUUGCUGUUUAGUGGAUAGGUGAGUGCGCUGGAUCUUGUGUGUGUAGUGUGUAUAUUAUAUAUAAUUCAGCUUGAUUUGGAUCAGACAUGACCUAUUUUUAAAACAGUCUGUCUGUCUACAUUUGUUUAAAGGAACAGCCCAAGGAUCAUAACUACUACAACCCAAUAAGUCCACUGCUUUGUCUGUUCUGAGGUAGCCCAGUGGUGCAGGGCCUAGUUUAUUGGCUGAGAGCACUCAGCUAAUGCACUCGGCCAUUGAGCCAACUACGCUUAAUAGAGCCAAUGGAAUAUAUUCAAUGUAGUGCUAAAAGCUAUGUAGGUAACAUAUAUAAAUUUAUUUGCUUGUGUGAAGUUUAUGACUUGAGAAAUUAUUGCAGAAUUUGCUAUAAAGACUGUAUCUUUUUUUUUUUUAACCUUUUUUUUUGUUUGUAUUUUUAGGUUAAGAGGAAAGCUGCUCCUGAGACUGCACUUGCUGGCGAUCAGAAGAGAAUCCGUCCAUCACCUUCUGUGGAUGACGAUGAUGAAGGUUUGCUAUUAAGCGUGUUUGUGCAUGCUUGUGUGUGUGUGUAUGUAUGUAUGUGUGUGUAUAUAUAUUAUAUAUAUAUUAUAUAUAUAUAUAUAUAUACAGAAUUGAGCCUCCACAUGAUUUCUAUUGAUUGAAACAGGUGGCAGAUCUAGUCAUGAGCCUUAAGGAAAACACACAUUGUAAAUUCUUUCCCCAGUGCAUUGCUGAUCCCUCAGAAGCUGGGGAGAGUCUAAUUUACCUUUGUGAGAUUUUUCAGUAUAGAUUAUAUGACAAUGAAGAAUGGGUACAUGACCUAAUUUUAAAACUUAAGUAUAAGCAGCAUAUAUAACUCUGGUCCCUGUCAAAAAAGUUUCAGUGAGCAUUCCAACAAUAGGAAUACAAACAUGUAUAACAUGUAUAAUAUGCAGCCACCCUCACACACAUACAAGUAUAUUAAAAUAAUUAGAAUUAUUUGCCUGUAGUCCUCCAGUACUCCAUUCUUGCCUCUGUCGCCUCUCCAAUGUGACAGCCACUAGAGGUGGUUUUAGGCAGCAAUGUAAACACUGUCUCUUUGCAGGAAAAUGUGUUUGCCCUGAUGUGACUACAGGGACAGUCUCUACUUCAAACUGUAGUAGUUCUGGUACUUGGUGUCCCUUUAAGAGCAUUUCUGUAUAAGAAUAAUGUGGCCCAAUAUUCUAGUACUAAGAUAUUGUCAUAGAUUUUUCUGAUUAUAUACAACUAUGUAGAUGGUUUUCUUUUUUUUAUUUAUGGUCUCUUUGAAAGAAUAAUGUUGUUCUGAUAUUUUUCCAAUAUUGGUGAUUUCUAACUGAAACUUGUUUUUCCUAUUCUCCUAGAAUCUGAACGAGACAAAGAUAUGUUGGGCACUACAUCUAAUUUAGCUAAGAAAGACACAGACGCAGUGAGCAUUCGAAGAAAAGUCAGCAAAGGCGAGGGGGAAGAGGAGGGGGAAAGUGACGUGGAAGAAGACGAGACUUCAGUGAAAGAGGAAGACUUGUCUUCUGAAAAAGAUGAGCAAGAAGAUGAUUUUGUUGACACUUUGUCCAGUAAAGUAUGUCCUCUUGUUCUUAGAUCAUGGUUUUUAAAUAUCUUACAUUGUAAACUUACAAGAGUAAAGCUUAUAGAAAAUCAUAUUAAAUACACCUUCAUAUUCAAUGUAGAAUUGAGCACUCUCCAACCAAUGCUAACUGGUCUUGGAAUAAAAAGCAGGAUAACAUGGUUCUCUAAUUCUCCUUAAUAAAACUGAUUAGGUGUAUACUGUUAUGUAAUAUUAAUUUUCAUGCUUCAGCACAUACAUAUAUAUUCAUAUUUUUUCUGUCAAUUGCAUCUGAUUUUCCUGCUCAAUAGUUUACAUCUGGUUUUAUCUACAAAUAGUCUAUCUACAAUUGCAUAGCUUUGCUUAAAAUAACAUUUCCAUGCAUUUGUUUCCUACUCUCUGUUUUAUAUUGCCUGCCUUCUGUCUGAGAAUGUGAUUUAAUUUUAUCCUUACACAACAUAUGAAUUUCCAAGUCUGACAAUUUAAAAUCUCUCUCCCUAAAGCAGCAGCCGUUCAUUGAUGAGGAUGAUGAGGAAGAAGACUUAGAAGCCAGCGAAAAAGAAGAGGAACCAGACUCUGAAGAAGGUAUGUGGUGGAAUAACUAUAUACAUGUGUCAUUUUAAUUGUGCUUCUCAUAGGGUUUUGUUUCCACUGAGGUCCACGUUGAAAAAAUGCCAUAGUAUUAAUUAUGGGCAUAUAAAUUUCAACAGGUAACCUUGUGGUAGCUGAAAUGUGUAUGUGCUUCACAGAAUAAGUGCAGGAAAAUAUUUUUAGUAAUCCACUAUUGUCAGUAGUUUUUGUUUUUUUAAUGGGAUUUUUUACUUUCUGUAGAAGAAACCACCAGUGUGGCCUCCUCAAAAGGUGAAUUGGACUCUUCAGAUGAAAGUGAAGACUCUGAAUGUGUAUCCAGUUCAGAUUCAGAUUCUGAUGAUGAUGAUGAUGAAGAUGAAGAUGAGGAAGAUGGGGAAGAAGUAGAGUAUGAUACCCAAGAAGAAGAUGUCGAUGUAGAUGUAGAAUAUGAAGACAGUGAAAAAGAAGAAAUUCUUUUAAGAGGUGUAAUUUCUGAGCAUAGCAGUCCAGCAAAAACUGAAGUAGAGGAGGAACUCAAAGUUGAAGAAGAAGAAGAGGAGGCAGAGGAUAAUCUUGGGACGGAAACAGUAGAUGAGGGGUCUCUUCUGCAAAAGGAAAGACUUGAAACACCAGAGGUGGAAGACCAUGAAUUGGAUACCAUUAAUUUUGUGGAAAAGGCUCCUGAAAUACCACUGGCUGUGGACAUUAAUGAAGAAUUACAAAAAGCUCCAUCACCACCAAAUGAAGGUAUGUAUGUUUUUGUGUUUUUAUAUGUGUAUAUCUAUGUAUUUAUGUGCAUAUCAUUUAGCUUUUUUAGAAUAUAGACAUGCAUUGAUAUUUUUAGACCAGUACCAGUAAACCUCUACUCUUAAACUGCUGCUGAAGCUCAGUUAAAAUUGUCCUUAGCUAGUCUAGUAUAUCAAUGAAUAAUUUGCAGUUAAUUGUAAUUUGGUACAGUGCAUUUGUUGCUCUAACACUUCAUGAAGUGAUCCAUACUAAAUUGAUUGUGUUAUGUCUUCUUUUCACCAUACAGAGGAAGAAUAUGUACUACAACUGGAGCCUGUGCCUUUUGUUUUAGAGAGCCCAAAUACAGAGGCUCAAGAGGCUGUGAUUGUUCGUCCUUUAACACCAACUGGAGCUUUUGGGGAGCCGGGUGUCAUACUGAAACCUGAAGAGAUUACCUCAGAUAGUAGGCCUCAUGUGAAAUUAACACCAAUCACUCCAGAAGAUGAGGAACUUUGUCCUCGGACACCUGGAAGAGAACCAGCAACUCAUUCAGAUUCUGAGGCCUCUUAUCAAGUUUUACCUAAUGUGGCCCUUUCUAUACUUCCUCCUUUCCAGAGCCUCAGUAAGGAAGAGGAAUCGCUGCUUAAUGAAAAGAUGUGUGCAAACUUGGCAGUGACUAAAAUGCUGUCAGAGGAGGAACUUCCACGAACCCCUGGUAGAGAUAUUCCAAUAAAAUCAGCCCACCUUGGGAAGUCCCAAAGCACGGAAACUGUCCCUGCUACACCAGGUAGUGAUGCUCCUCUCACAGGUAAUAGCUUGACAUUAAUAUCUCCCCACAUUCCUGGAAGCCCAUUUUCAUACAUUAAUCAGUCUCCCGGGAUAAUUAACAGUGGUAUUCCAAGGACUCCAGGAAGAGAUUUUAACUUUACACCUACUUUCCCAGAUUCAAAUGCGACCUUCCCUUGUCAGUCAUCCAACAAGAAACCAUCUGUAGAUGAACCAGAUGAAAAGUCAUUUAAAGAACCAGUUAGUGCUUCCUUAACCAUGAACAGUAUUCCCUCACCAGUCCCAAUGGCAAGCCCUCCAAGAGGUGAUCCCCAUAAAGAUAUUAGUUUAACACUUGUUAAUCUGGAUUUAUCUGAGACUCUUAUUCCUGAUUAUAAAUUAAGUCAAGAUAUUGAACCUGACUUUGCUAAAGGGCAAAUUUCUCUCCUAGAGGAAUCGUCUCUCUCCUCGUCUACUCCUCAUCUUGCUGGUAAAAAGAAGCCUGGAAGAUCCAAACGGCCUCCUCUUUCAGCUCUUGAUUUAGAUCCUUAUGCAGAAAAAAACACUCUCCCUGCUACUGUAGCAGAAUUGUCAAAAAGUGCUUUAGGCAAAGAGCUGUUUCUUGAUAAGCCUGAUGCAGUAUCUGGAAUUAAAGACCCUGAAGCUGAACCUCUUGAUUUUAGGAACGAGGUGCAACCUGAUACUAUAAGUUAUGAUGCCAUAAACCAGAAAGUUCCAUUAAAAGAGUUGGAAAAUAAGUGGAAUAAGGAGUUAAAGGAAGAGGAAGAAAUUCUAAAACCGAAGAAACCAAGGAACUGGAAGUUAAAAAAGCGGUUAGAAGAAAUCUCUACUAUUCCUUCUCCAGAAUAUUCCCCACCUCGGUCUCACUUCAAGCCUCGCUCAGAAUUUGAAGAGAUGACUAUUCUUUAUGACAUAUGGAAUGCAGGAAUUGACGAUGAAGAUGUCAAGUAUAUGUGCAUUACAUAUGAAAGGCUGCUGCAGCAAGACAAUGGCAUGGACUGGCUCAAUGACACUUUAUGGGUCUUUCAUCCUCAUAUCCUUUAAAAAGUGAUGAGACAAAAUGGAGUGUGGGUGGGUGAUCUAAGUAACGUACAAAUGGUACUUAUAAAUUAUUUUUAUUUAUGGUGCUCAAAAACUAUUGACCAGAAACUGAUCAUGAGUGUCCUGUGAUAUUAAAAGAGUGUGGCUUAUGAUGCAGAGUUUCAGUUACAUCUUUGCUCAGACAGGCAUAAUUUCAUUAUGCAUGUUAUAAGGAAACCAUCUGUUAUGUGAUAGGUUAUCCCUCUGUCCCAUAACAAGUUAGUUAUCCAAUGCCAUUAAAGGUAUGAAGCAAUUCAUUAGACACAAUUGAGGAUUGUGACCACCAAAAUCAAACUUUGUGUACGGUUAUGGAUGCCUACCUAACCACCCUCUUGAAUGGAUUAGGGAGGCUAGAAGAUGUAUUCAGAAGUUUGCAAUGGAUUCAAGAGGGUAUCAGUCUCUUGGUCUAAGCUGUAAUCUUGCUAGCUCUACUUGGAGGAAGAACUACUUGUAGCUAUUAAUGAAUCUUUGUCCAAGGUACACACUUGCUGUGCAGUCAAAGCAUAGCAUCAGUGUUUCACUGCGGGCAUGCCACAGCCUCCUGUUGCUUUGACUAAGCAACAGUAUUGAUGUGGACCUCUGUUACUUUCUGGCUCAGCUAAAAUAUGUGUUCCAAAAUGUUGAUUGGGUUUGCCGAAUAUUGUUAGAAUAUACUCCAUUUCAAGAGUGGUAGGCCAUGUUGGGUAAGGAUCAGUCUGUAACGGUUAUUAACACCAAAUUUGUUAGCUGUAGCAGCCUCCUGAAACUGGGAAAACCGCCACCAGUCCAGGGGCAGAAGGCAGAAGGGAAGGCACUGUAUUGCAUACUGGUGUCUCAAUGCCUGUAAUCGUACAUUUCUCUGUCUUUACACAGCAGUAAGCCAUACUGUCAGCAACACUUUGUAAAACAUAAAUUUAGUCUGUAUUUUGUUCUAAAUACUCAGAAUAAGUAUUCUUGCUAUUUAAGCAUUAUCUUGUUUUUGGUUGCCUUAAUGGAAAACACUGUACACACCUUAAGCACUUUAGCUUAGUGCUUUAUGUGUGAAGAUUCCCCCACCCCACCCCUUUUUUUCCAUUUUACUCAAAGAGCUGUUUUCAGUAGAAAUUUUAUAAAUGAACCAUGUUACACCCCUCUGGUUGUCAGUCAGACAGCCUAUCUUGUUACUUCCUGGUUGUUUAGCUACGCUGAGCUAAACUCAAGGGGCUUCCAAAGGCAACAGACCAGUUAUACAGUUUUUCCAAACUGCUUUUAGAUAUACCCCCAAAGGGAGAAAAAAAAGUCAUAAUUAAAUGCAAAUAUGGUUUCAUUUGGGUAUUUCUACAAAAUACUGCUCUGUUUGUUUUUGUAUUGGAGCGGUUCUCCAUUGGUAGUGGAGCUCCCCUUUUAUUAAUGGACCUCCGAUGUCUUAUAUCUGCUUCACUUAGUUUACAAGCCCCACCACCCAAUGCUGGGUGGUUUUAAUGAUCUUUUGAUUGUGAGGUCUGGAUUAUGUUAAUUAGUUAUGAGUAAAUAUCAAAGAGAAUUAUUUGUUGCACUAGAUAGUUGACAGACACACCUAAUGAAACCAGAUGUUUUUAUUUCCUUCACAGCUUUAAAUUGAUGAAAUUUUCUUCCUAAUGGAAAGUAAUAUAAGAAAACCGUUUGAGCAAAUUAUAAUACAGCUGCUUAAAGCCUCUUCAUUCUAAAGCCGAAGAAACUCAUAACACAAUCCGAGUUGAAUUAUAACUCUUAAGAGGCUGGGAGGAAUUGCAAUUGUUUACAUGUAAUACUGGAUAGCUUUAUAGUUUCCACAUUAUCAAUUACUAAUUUCCUGUUUUUGUUAUUUUUAAAUCUUUCAGUAGUCAAAAGAUAUGUUUUAGCAGUUAAUGGGGCUGUGCCCCCAAAAUAAUUUUGUUUCAGUAAGCACCGAUAGAGGUCCACAUUUGUCUGGCAGUCGAUGUUAAGAAGAAUGACAAUGUGUAAUCAUUUUUUUUUUUUCUUGGAUCCAAUCUCUGUUAUGUUCCUUAACUUGCAUCUUACCAACCAGUGCUUAUUCUCCCAAGAAAAAGAAACGAGAUGAUGGUUUACGGGAACAUGUGACAGGGUGUGCCCGUAGUGAGGGAUACUAUAAAAUUGAUAAGAAAGACAAAUUGAAAUACCUCAACAACAGUCGAUCUUUUGCAGAUGAGCCUCCUAUUGAUACCCAGGUACGUAGUCAAUCUGCAUAAAUAUCAUAUACAAAAGUUUAAAGCGGAAGAAAGGCAUUGGAUCUAAGAGGGCAGGUAUAUUUCUGAUAGGGAAGUAAACCAGAUUAAGACUACAUGUGAGGAUAAACACAUUUGGUAAAAUAUAUGUAGAAUUUUUAGAACUGAUCAUUGUGGCGACUUCUUAAUGAAAGGCUGAGAAUACGUUUUUAGUUUUUAUAUGGAAAUUCUUCUUUGCAGAUAUCCCUCUAUUAUUCUUUUCUCUCUAUGAUCAUGAACUUUUAACAUUUUAUACUGCUGUUAUCAUCAGAUUUCCACAUAUUAAAUCCUUCUGUUAUGCUCUUUAGAUAUUUCACAAAAUAAUUAUUCUUUUAAACUGUGUCUUUAAUAUAUCACAGUGCUGGUAAUAGUCUGUUCCUACAAGGACCUUUAUCAAACCAGCUAUUAUCUAAAAAUCAAAACACUUGUAGAGUCCAAGGUAAACAGGCGAUUUUGUCACCUAACCCAGCAUUUGAAAAAGGUUCUUGUAGGAUUAAGAUGUGUUUCCUUCAGUGCUUUCUAUAAUUUUUUUGCAAAUCUAAACAGAGAAUUUACUCAUGCACUACUAAAGUGGUGAUUAAUGUAUUACCUAUUGCCCUGCACUUCUACCUACCCCUUCCUUGCCAUCCACAGCUUGGGAGAUGGCAACUCUGCAGGUACCGGUCAGCACAGCUCCUAGUUUGCUAUCUAGAGUGAUAUGAUCGCAAACAUUCAUUACAAUGUCUGAGUUUUGCAUUGAUCUUUACUUGCUGAUGCCCAGCCCAUUAUACUCACCCAUGAUGAGUGGACCAUAGACCUAAAAUUUGUGCAUUUAGAUUUGUAAUUGUACACAUCCAAUUGUAUUUUCUCCUUAGAUUCUCAUGUAUUACUAUUAAAUCUCAGCUCUAAAUGUUCACAAUCCUAUUGCCUCAUUAUUUUGUAUAAGUGAAGUUUAGAUUAAUUAUUGUGCAACAACUUACAUAUUGUGAUGUUUUCAGAAUAAUUAGGUUCAAUUACAGUUGUAAGAUUUGAUUUGAAUUUAAGAUGGAUAAAUUAAGAAAUCAGUCAUAAUUAUUGUCUUAAAUAAUUAUAUAAAUGAAAUUGAGCAAGUGCAGGUAUAAACAUAGUGUAAGGUCAAAUUUGGUUUAACGAUUAGCUAAAAGCAUUAUUUCUUUGAAGGCAACCAGAGAAAGAUUGGUUUGUACUGCUAUACUUUUGUAAAACGUUCUUUUAUAGUUUUCACAUUUUUUAAAUAGUUUAUUUGUUUGAAGGAACACUACAAACCUGUAGUGAUCUCCACAACAUUUAGAUACACGCUUUCCCAAUCUAAUUUUCAUUAUUUUUUUUUUAAAGGGGGGAAGGGAUUGUUUUGGUUUUUUUUCAGUGUUUGAUCCGCCUCCCUCAAUGUUACGCCGACUCUUCAUCUUCUUGGGGGACGAGAAGCAGUGUUCCUCCAAUCAAAUGCUUUCUAUGAAAAGUAUUUGAAGAGGUUAGCUGUGAGAGCCAAGUCUCACUAAGUUCUCACAGCAGAAGUGCCUAGAUGUGUUUAGUCCUGCAAUGGAAACAUUGAUGUAUCCUCGCAGGACUAAAAUUACACAUUAAAGGUCUGGGUGCCUAUAGAGUCUUUUUAAUAACUGAUCUAAAUCAAGUUUAGCAUGUGUGUUCUUAUCCAGUGGUUGAAUCAAUGCUCUCAAAGUUAUCGUGUAAAUGUCACAAAUCUGUUCUCUUUUUUUCUUUUCACUAUAGGGAAUGAGUAUCCCAGCUCAGCCUCAUGCCUCUACCCGAGCAGGCUCGGAGAGAAGGUCAGAACAGCGGCGUCUGCUUUCUUCCUUUACUGGGAGCUGUGACAGUGAUCUGCUCAAAUUCAAUCAGUUGAAGGUAAGCUGAUAUUUUUCAGAUCUAACGCGGUUUUCUGUUUUUGAGGUUAAGUCACGCUAACUUGUUGUGUUCAAUAGUUAUUAAUAAUACAUUUUAUUAAUUUGUAGAAAAAACUCUGUGGUUCAUGCACUAACUGUACAGUCCAUUCAAACGUCUGAGUUGGAGUUUUGAUUCCUGGCAGGGUCCUCACAGCCUUUUGUAUGCCAUAAGUUCAAAGUUUUUUUUGUUUUUAGUUUUUCUUUCUUUCUUUCUUCCUUGCAACUGCAAAUGAAAACAAGAAUUAAAACCUGUUUGUGCUAUUAUUAUACUUUAGACAAUAAAGAAUAUUAAUACUGCCCUGUAGUAGUUUUAUUCAAAACUGAUGGGGAAAUUACAUUGUCAUUGCACUAUAACUGAUAGUUUAUUGUUGUGUUUUUAGUUUCGUAAGAAAAAGUUGCGUUUCUGCAAGAGCCAUAUACAUGACUGGGGUCUUUUUGCUAUGGAGCCAAUUGCUGCUGAUGAGAUGGUCAUAGAGUAUGUGGGACAAAACAUCCGACAGGUAAGAUGGUUUGAGCUUUCAGUGUUAACUGGCAUGUUACCAAACAUCUCUUUAAUAAAGCUGUAAGACACUGACUAUAAAAAAAAAAAAGAAAAAGAGAAAAAAAAUUAAAAAGCAAUUCACCUAUAUGCAUUUUAUUACUAAGAUUCUAUCUGCCAUUUAAGCCGUGCACAAUAGAUUGCAGCCUAAAGCCGAGUUGUUUAACCAAUAUUUGCAGAUGUUUUACUAGCUGUAUAUUUGUUUUCGUCUUUAGUCAAAAUUAGUGUCCCACAUUUUUUUAUUGAAAUAGUAGUAAACAAUUGUACUAUCUUUUUCAUAAAUAAAUAGACUAUCAAUUUAAAUAUAUAUAAAAAAGCACUAGAAAAAUAUCACACAACACUAAUUUAUUUAUAGAUGCUGCCUAAGAAAUUAUUUUUUAUUAUAGUUUUCCUUCUCAGUCCUCUGUGACUGCAAUAAUGACAGUUGUAGGAAUAGCAUCAUUGGCAGCGCUAAACGUAACGUGGCUGGACAAAUGCAGUUUAUAUCUAGUAGCCCAAUGGACUAUUUUACAAGCCAGCCUAUUUUUUUUUUUUUUAAAGAAACCAGAAAUGAAUGUAACCAUCUUUAAAGAUAUGUUUUCUAUAUUUAACUUGUUUGCUUAAAACUCUUCCCAUUUUUGUUACACAGGUUUUUUUUUUCUUUUCUAAAGUGAGAAUAUAAAGUGAAUUUAGAAUGAAUUUCAAAUAUAAAAUAUAUUAUAGCCUUAAAUUGGAAAAUCACUUUGAAUUCUUACUUUAGUAAAUACUCCUGGUAGUUUUCUGUCUAAGAAACUGCAUAUUUCCACAAUCGAAUUUUCUUGAUGCCUGCACUAACCCUAUUUAACCUCUUCCAUUUGCAUCUACUGUAUGUUAUAUAAUGUAUGCAUUCUGUAAAUUUUAAUAUACCCAGUGGUCUGCCUUCUCUGCACGUUUCUUUUUACCUUUAUGUAUAGUUAAUCCCUUCUUUUAGAGUCUUAGUUUGUUUGAACAGGGUCGAUAUCCACAAUUUUUUUUUCUGUACAUCAAAUGUCAUAGUUGAAAUUUGCCAGAUUGGUUUGCCAGGCCAAUGUUGCCUUUGAAACCGAAUGGUAGCCUAGGAUUGAGACUUGCCCCCAUCAUCGCAACCAUUUGCAAAAGUAGACAACCCGGUGUAUUCCAAAUGGGGUAUGUCCAAUCUUUUUUUUUUUUUUAGUAGCCAAUUGCCCAUUUCCGUCUUUCUACCUAGACAUUUGACAACGUCCCUUUUGAAAGUAUGGCAGCCUGAGUAAUAACAUUUCCUUCAUUAUUGCAUACCAUUUUCAAAAUUUUCUAGGCAACCCAGAAUAUUCCUAAUGGCAUAUAUUGAGGUGUUUGCUCUAGCCACUGCAUCACAAAUGCAGUCCCCAUUGUGUGGUUAUAAUUUUAUAUGUGAUUUUUCACACACAUAUUUCUGAUGUGUGUUAGUGUAAAAAAGCCUCAAUAUUGUUACUUCCCAUUGUCUCAUCAACAGUUUCCCCCAUGCAUUGAUUUUCCAGUUUGUUUGGGGAAGUCACAUGGCCAAAUAUAUUGGAUGCCCUUUUCAACUUGUAAAUUUGACUGUGAUUUUCUUACCUAUGUCACUUUUAAGAGAACAUGGCACUCUAAGAAAGACAAUUGUCCCAUGAUGGCAUACCAUUUUAACAAGGUGCUAAAUGUAGUAUUUUGAGUUGUUUGGUGUAGCCACUUUGGGGUUAACGUAAACAUGGAGAGGCCAAGAUCCGAGGAAUCCAGAAGUCAGAGUAGUCGAUAUUACAAGCCAAUAAGUCGGUACAGGCAGCUAACAAACAGCAAUAGGACAAGCCAAGGUCAGAAAUCCAGAAUAAUCAAACAAACUGACAAUGUCCCAUACCGAGUGAUUUAAUAGUUCAGCUCUGUAUGGGAGACUCUAAAUCAGUCUGUUAUGCAGAGGGCAGGAAGGACUGUAAUAACUGGAGUCCUUUCACACCUCUUUUCUUAUAGCACACAGGACACUUUCUCUGAGGUGACUUUUUGCAGGUUGUGGGGGGAUUCAGGAAGGAAAGUGAUUGCCACAAAGUCUUAAGACAUCUAAUUCCAAAGAGAGAGGAUUGUGGGACUGGGUAAAUAAAAUAUUGGACAUUUCAACAUAACUUUAAGAAAUGGGUAUGGCUUCUUAUGGCUGCUUUUUUAUACAGCACAGAGGAAUUGAAAAUUGCCAACUGACUUAAUUAGAUUUCAAUUUUCUUGUACCAGGAACUUCUUUUUCGGUUCACUAGAUAUGGCUGUAUACAUUGAUCAGCCACGUCUACUACUCAUACUUUCUGUAUGUUGAAGCCAAUUUCUGUACUGGUGUCCUCUCUUAAAAUGUACAAAUAAUGGUGUAAAAAAAAAAAAAAAGAAAUAUAGGAAGGUCAGGUCUGUAAGUGCCAAUGAAAACAAACUUCCCUGGAUAGGAACAGUCCCAGAAUUACACACUUUGAUUAACAAUGAGGCCAUCUAUAUUGUAAUAACAAGGUGACUUUAACAAUACUAAUUGGUGGAACAAAGCAGUUCUACAGCUCCCCCUCCCCAUUCAGAUCUGUAUCUGAAUUGGUUGCCAGCAAGAAUGGGUUUUAACCAAAAACAGGCCAAAUAGAUUGCGGGAGACAAAGAGAGACACUCAAAAGAAAUUGAUAACUCAAUUAUCAUUCCAAAAAGAGGGGGAACACAGAUUGGAAACUUCUCCUAACCAGUGUCCACAACAGACGGCAUUCUAGAGUCUUUAAAACGGGAUAAAAACGGGCAUCAAACUUCAAGGGUUUCCUCUCGCUAAACUAUGCAAAAAGGAACUAGUCUCCAAUAGAUUUCAUGGAUUUUAAACCCAGAAGAAAUAAGCUUCAGAGCCAUACAACCGUUCAGCAUUGCUUACUUGCCCAUCAGGACACCUGUUGAUUAAACAAUAACCUACCACACAAUGUAUUAAUGUUCUCGAAAACAUUAGACAAUAUUUAAAGCUUCUUCUUCAUUUUAGGUAAUAGCAGAUAUGCGUGAGAAACGAUAUGAGGAUGAAGGAAUUGGGAGCAGUUACAUGUUCCGAGUUGACCACGACACCAUCAUUGAUGCCACCAAAUGUGGGAAUUUUGCCCGCUUUAUUAAUCACAGCUGUAAUGUAAGUAGUUUCCUGCCAGGUGUAGACCUCGUGGCAUGGAGUUUAUGCAUCUGUUUCUGCAUGCAGGGUUACAGUUUUCGCUUUAAUAUAGAUCAAUCUGAAAUUGGAGGAGGUAAGAGUGGUGUGUAGCUCAGUCCAUUCCCCUACUCCAUAACUGGGAUAUAGCCAUGCUUUUUGAGGUGCUACAUGGUGCUGCACGCAUGCAGAUAUAUCGCCCAUGAGGGUCUUUGCAAGAGAUGCAAUAAACUCACAAGUGACAGUGCAGAUUUAGCAAAGCUAGAUAGCGCUACUACCAUAAUUAACAGAAUAUAGAAGUAUGUAUAAAUCACCCCAGUGAUAAUGUAUCAGGAUGGCUUUUACAAUGUAUCAGAGGUUGGGCAUCAUCCACUAUGGUAUUUUCAUUUAAACACGUUUGGAAAAUGUCUAAAAAAUUUUAUGAAUUUUGUAUCUACUUUGGAAAUGAAAUGUUCUUAUUUUAUGAUACAACCCCAGGCUUUCUGCAGUUUACUAUAGCCAAAAUUAUUUAUUUUUUAAUAAGGAGUCUAUUAGUAGAAUCAGAUAACCAAAUAUUUUAACAUACAUUUUUGGUUUUCUUAUUUUUCUUAAACAAUAAAACUUGUGAUCUUAAAAGCUACACCAAAGACGCUCAUACCCCCGUUUCCUACACCCAUGCAGGUUUACUUUAAAAACCAAAUCUGGAUCAAUGUUCUAAUAGUGACUCAAUCAGCAAAAACUUUUAGAUAAUCGUCAAUUUAAUGAUUAUCAAAAGACUUUUUUUUUUUUUUUUAAUUCUUCAGUUAAGGAAUUUGAGUUGCUUAUCAUGGAUCCGGCUUUGGCGUUUCAGAGUUUACAACUUAACUGUAUAGUUAAGACUGCACUGUUUACCUCUUUAAUAUAUUAUGCUCGAACAGCCAAGGAUUUAAGCAGACUGGAUAACUGGUUAAAUUAAAGCAGAUAAACAUCUUUAUAUUAUAUAAGAAUGGUUAUAUAAAGUGCAACAAAAAUUAAUGAUGGAUUUGUCAAUGUUGGUAAUUGAGCACUCGAGCAGUAAAAAAAAAAAAAAAGUUGGAGAAUGUUUUCAUUUGGGCUUAUAUUGACAUAACACAGGGUAGGCAACAUUCAUUACUCCAGAUGUUGUGGACUACAUCUCUCCUAAUGCUUUGCCAACAUUAUGGCUGUAAGAACAUUGUGGGACAUGUAGGUCACUACAUCUUGAUUGCUGAAGGAGGCCUACCCCUGGCCUAGUAUUUGCAAUUCCUACAUCAAUUCUAUACAUCAACUAUGUGUAUUUCUUGACUAUUUAGCUAAAACAUGUGUUGGGCUAGUCUCUUUUUUUCCCUCAAGAUUUGGAAUCAUUAAAUAGAAUAAUUAUUGUAUUUUCUAUGAUGGAUGUUCCUAGUCUGUAAAACAUUGUUAACUUGUUAGAAUCUACAGGGAGAUCUCCUCUGCUGAUCUUAUUUGGGCUAUAACAAAAUAAUAUAUUUUCUACUGACAUUGUAUGGUUAAUUGCUAAAGAUCAUAACCGUAAUUCAUUAAUCCUGUAUGUUUGCAGCCUAACUGUUACGCAAAAGUCAUCACUGUGGAGGCACAGAAGAAGAUUGUCAUCUACUCCAAACAAUAUAUUAAUGUGAACGAAGAGAUAACAUAUGAUUACAAGUUCCCCAUAGAAGAUGUCAAGAUCCCUUGUCUUUGCGGAGCAGAGAACUGCAGAGGGACACUAAAUUAAAGGCCUCUUCUUAUCACACCUUUCAGCCAUGUUGGACUGCAGGUUAUAGGUGUAAGUUGCACUUUUGCCAAAAAAUUAAAAAGAUUUCGCACUUCUCUUGGGCUUGUGAGCAGCAAGAGCACAUGUACAUUAGGAUAUUGUUUCAGAUUGUAAGGACCCUGGUGCUCUUUCUUCAAUGAGAAAUUAAAAGGUGAUCACCACUCAGUGGCACAGAAUAAAUGUAUGUUUAAAAACAAAAAAACAAAAAAAAAACACUAUCUCCUGUCUGAUACCCACAUUGUUCACCUUUGGGUGUAAAACGGUACCUUCUAUUUUUUCCAUGAAUGCUGCUAGCUUCCUCAUCGAACGGUCACCAUAAAUGUGAAGAGGAAAUGUUGUAUUGGUAUCCACUGGGAAUGCCCCUCGGGUUUCCAAAGGGACUCUUUUCUUGUGGAGAAGUAAGCUUUUGCUUGGCCAGUUGUAUUUUUCUUUUCUUUUUUUUUUUUUCUCUUCUAUCCUCCAAAGCACCCGGAUCCAAUGCUCUGCUCUGCUCUCCUCCUUUUUCCAAAGUGUAGAAUGAUCAAAAUAAUUUGUUUUCAAUUGAACGUGAGUGUGUGUGUGUGUGUGUGUAUGUAUGUGUUUAUUUUUUUAUGGUCUUAUUAUGGGAUCUUGUCAUCCUUUUUUGAGGCAUCCAUUUCAAUAUUUUCACUAUCAGAGGUGGCAUAUUUUUUUACAUUAGAGCCUUUUACUUUCUUUUAUUAGAAGAAUAAUUGGUUUUCAGAUGAAAAGUUCACUAACCUGAAACCCUGCACUUCUAAGGAAACUUUUCAUAAUGCACUGCAGCCUCCUAACAGUAAGGUUCUAGUAACCUUUUAUUAAUGCAACAAUUUAAUUUUAUCAGACCCAAGGCUGUUGUACUAACUUUAAAAAUAUCCAUUAGUGAGAAGCUAUAAUUAUAUAUCAUGAUUAUAUAUUUUGCUACUCUCUAGAGCUGUAGUUGCUCAUCUAAUGUUUAUUUUUGACAUACUAUUUCCAAGUGCAGCACAAACAAAAACAUUUCCUCGUUUUGAACAGUGUCCUUCUAAUAUCCUUAUCCUUUAACUUUUUGGCCAUGUAAUUUAAGAUUACCAAUUCUUUAUAAAGAAGUUUAAAAUGAUGGCUUUGUGUUAGAUGCAGUCUAUACAUAGUGGGUUCUUUUAUAUUUAAAUUGCAUAGCCUAAUAUGCAAAAAUUAAGGCAAUUAUUCUCCAUUAACCAGGCCAUCCUAGUCUGUUAGUUGACUUGAGCAUUAAUUAAAUUAUUCUUUUUAUUUAUUUAUAAUUUUUUUUUUUUUUUUUAACACCAGCCUUCCAAUAAAGUUGCAAUCAACCAUGUCCUACAUGUUUUGAAAAUCAUGCAAUCAAUCAAGGAAGUUGUUAUGCAAAUGAAAUAACAGAAAAAAACAGAAAACAUAUAUUUUUCAGUGGACGAAAGGCUGUAGCAUUUAAGGAUAUCUGGCUGAGGAUAUUCUUCUUAUAUCUCUGCUCCAGUUUGCUGCUGCUUUUUCAUAUUUUAAUGAUUGUAUUUGAUGGGUCAUGUAGAUGUCUUUGACCAGCAAGAUUAACUAUAGCAGAAACAUCAGCAUUCAGAAAAGAACACUCCAACCUCCAUAACCACUACAGUAGUGUAGUAAUUAUGGUGCCAGGUGUGCUCUAAUUCCAAAACAUUGUUUUAGGAGACAGACCUUUUUUGAAUGGUUUAUGUCUUACUUUAGGUCUUUUGGGCACCACUCCACACCUCCACUGGACUUAUCUCAUUGGCUGAGAGCGAACUGCAGAUGAAGGGCUUAAAUCAAACUGGUUUAACUACUUACAAUGGGGCGCCUGGGCACUCCUGGCACCAUAACAACAACAACAGCUAGCUGUAGAAGUUAAGGUGCUUGGCAUGUUUUUUUAAGAUUGUAUACUAGCGGUAUCUGCUGGUUACAUUAAACACUUGUUUAGCAUACACUAAUCCACUCUUUCACUAAUGUCUGUUCGGUUUUCAGCAAAAUAUUCUGUUGUUGCAUUAAUGUGUGUGCAUUAUGAUAUGCUCUCCUGCAUGACUUGGAUCACAUGCAGACAGUCCAAUCUACAGUAUUCAUAACGUGCAGAGUUAAAUUGCUUGCUUCUGAUCUAGAUUACCUAGCCUCAUCAGGAAAAAACGAUGGCAGUCUUUCUGUAUGGUGAAAUUAAACGAUGCGUGACAUUCUAUAUCAGUGAUGGCUAACCUUGACAACAUAAAUUGUUUCUGGACUACAUUUCCAAUAAUACUCAGCUAGCUUUAAGACUCUAAAAGCUAGCUGAGCAUCAUGGGAAAUGUAGUCUAGAAACAAUUUAUGGUGUCAAGGUUAGCCAUCACUGUUCAAUAUAUAUAGAUUAGUUUAGCCAUCCGGUAAAAACAAACCCUUGUUUCGAACUGGAGUAAAUGCAGUUUAUAGCACAAUGGUAUUUUGCCCUCCCCGCCCCCCCCCCCCAAACCCCUUUAAAAGCAUGUGCAGUAAAUAGCCAUGGUACCACUUGAAGCAGCAAUUGAACUGUUUAAUAUACCUCCCCUCCAACUAUUAUUGAAGUGCUCCCAAAGACUGCAGACCCCUUUUUUCUCUUUUUCCCCCUAGUGUGCCUUGAGUAAUGCAGGGUUCUCCAGGAAGAAAUGUGUUGACACCAGUUCUAAAGAAACAUCAGAAAUUGUGAUAAAUGUGAUCGAUCAUACCCAAUUUACUACCACAGGGUUCCUGAAUACUAUCACACAAUGCAAAUAGACUUAGAAUUGACUUAUUAAAGUCUGUGUUAUAAGAGAAUCAGAUCAGUGACACAUAGGAAUCCACACUAAGAAGAAAAGCAAACCACCUUCUGAUAGUGACGUGAGUGACCGCAUAGUUAAAAUAGAGCAUAAAGCACAAAAUAGUGAUUCAGUAGUUAUAAGCCAAAUGUCAUGUAGGCUUUCAGGGUAAUAAAAACACAUUUGAAAUGUUUCAAGUCAAAGAAAAAUCGCCAUCAAACUUAUGCUAAAAUAUGUAUAGCCAUUUCAUCACUUUAUUCUGGCUAGUUGAAAUAUAAUCAUAGGAGUCCAUCAUUUACCAAAACUCCAGUAGGAAGGAGAUUGGUCAGACAAUUGACACAAUUCGCAUUCGUUUGACUUUGCCUCUGCACUUAAAAUGGCUGGAGAUAUGUGUGUGAUUGUUUUAAUGAAUUUGAAUACUUUCUCCUUUAAUAACACCCAUAUAACUCUGUAGCUGAGGUGGACAAUGGUGUAGCCCAAAAACAACCUUGGAAGUAAACCUAUAAUCUUCAGCCAAUCUUGGGCUGUGGACUGGUUUAGGAUGAUAGAAGAUUUCAAACAGCUGUAAUUACACCAUUGUUGUCAAUAAUUCCCCCAAAUAAGGCAUCUAAACAGCCAACCUUACUAUUUUCUUCUUUGUUAGGUGGGUUACCUAAAAAUAUAUAUAUAUAUAUUUUUUUUUUUUUUAAAAGGUCUUCACCUUUUGAAUAGCAAAUGUGAAAUUUCAAAAUUGUACCAUAUUCAGUUGUAAAUUAAGAACCCCAUUAUGUGUGUUUGUCUGAAGUGUACAUAAGCUCGCAGUUUAUUUUUAUAAUGCACUAGGCCCUGUGUUUUUGACUUUUUUUUCUCUUCAUUUUUUCAGUGUGACAGUUUCACUAACUUUUUUAUUAUUUUUUUUUUUUAUUAUAAUUAUUAUUUUUUAUUGUUUAAUAUUCUACCCUGGCAAACAUGAUCUACUACACACAACUGUUGUCAACAAAACAAUUCAUUUAAACUGAUAAUUCAACAAACUUAUAGUUGAAACGGUUUGUGAAAAUUCAGGGAUCAUUUCAGUGCAUUUAGGUUUAACAAAAAAGAAAAAGGUAAAAAAAAAAUAUCAAAAUAAAUGUUUGUAUGUGCGUGUGUAUAUAUGUGUAUAUAUGCAUAGGGUUUUCAGUGUAAUUAGAAAUUGCAUCUUCUGUACAAAGUCUUGAAUCUCUAAACAUUUGUUUCUUGUAGAAACAAGAUGAUUUUGGUUGCUCUCUUUGCUGAAUUCCUUUGUAUUUGAAAAGUGUGUAAAUAAUUUAUUAAAGUAACUAUUGUAAUUUGAAAUUUCUUUUUUUUUUUUUUUUAAAGUUACAACUGAAGCAUAAAAGUUUCUAUUCAAUAUGCUGCGAUCAGCUUACUGGGAAAGUUUGAAACUACAUGAUUUAGGAAUGCAAGUAUAUUUACCUUUUAUUAAAAGGCAACUUCCUACCAUAUUGAAAAGAAAUCAGGAUAAUAAGGCAUUGUGUAUCUGAGUGAAUAAGUAGCAUACUUUAGCUUGUGUCAAGCUUAUACCAUGUAUAUUCUGUAUAAAUUUUGUGUCAUGCUAGAUGAAAUUUAGGAGCAUUAACAAAUUUAAUGAAAGUAAGACCAGGCGAGGCUUCCCGAAGUAGAAAACCUUGUGCGCAAAAUGUAUUUAUUUAAAAAAAAAAAAAAAUAACCUUCAUUUUUAAAGUAAACCAUUUUAAACACUUAUGUGGCUUGACAGAUUCAGCUGUACCCUCCAGCUCUGAAAGUGUUAACCAAUUUCCACCUCUGUAUAGUGGAUAAGUUUAAUCAUUUUACUGCCAGGUAUUCCUGCAAUAUUUUUUCCAAAGGAUAAAAGGAUGAUAGAUCUCAUUCUCUUGCAAUUGUGAUGAAAAACAACUGAAAAAUAUUUUUUUUUUCUUAAAAGUUUUCUCAGAAGAAAUUUGCCAUUGUAGUAUUUGUGAAAAUAAAACACUAUAAGAAAUAUUUUAAAAGGGUUGUUUAAAAAAACAAAAAAAAAAACAAAGCAGCACACAGCUCAAAGUUCCAUGGGACUAUUUUGUAUAUAAAGAUAUUUUUAAUUCUCAAAGUAUAAAAGAAGAAAAAAAAAAACCUUCAACCAGAAGCCAAGUGACAGGUUUUGCAAUAAAAGAUUAUUUUUUCAUUCGCUCCAUUAGCUUUUUUGUUUUGAAAUCUCUGUUUUAGAGAUUUUGCGGGUUCUAUAAAAUGAUUUUUUUUUUGUGCAUAUAAAACUGCCUUGGAUCUAUUUCUUGUUUUGAAAUGAAAGUGUUUUUGUUGUGGGUGUGUCUUGCCUGUAUAUAUUUGUUCAUAUUUUUGUGAAUUCAAUACUCUGUACCAUUGUAUUAUAGUAACUUUUAUAAAGCAAACCAUAAAUAUACUCACUUUUCUUACAG